AUGACCAUCUUAGAAAAGCUGGACUCCCUAUUUGAGAUCUUCUGGUCCAAGCUGACCCGUCACCUGCACACACCUGCUGAAGUGCCACAGGCACCAUCCUUACAUCACACUAUUGCGACCUCGAGACGACGCCCUGGCGCAGCACACAAAGCCGGGAAACAGAGGCGGUUUAUGCGGCAAUCACUUCGCCACAGAAGAGCCGGACCGGCACCAACCCGCUUACUAUUAUGCCGCUACUAGCCUCUUACUAUUAUGCCGCUACUAGCCUCUAUGUAUAAAUCUGCACAACAAAAAAUAAUGGAUUUUGUUUAAAAAAUCAAUACAAUAUUACUUCUAAUAAAAAGACAAACUUAAAAUAAUUAUUAGUUCAGAAUCAGAGGUCAAAAGAGAAAAAUGUAUAAAAAUACUAAGAUAAAACGUUGAAUGAGAAUAAAAUUUAGCAAGAAAGAAAUUGUUUUUAAUUAAAAAGCCACAAUGUAUCCAAAAUGGAUAUUCAUAUCCUCAUAGGAAACAAACCAUGUCAAAGUCUACAUUUAGUCCUUGUGGCUGCAUGGUUUUUAGGGUGUAUAUCCAAAACCCUCUCUCUGUCUCAGUUUAGUGACCAAAUCACCUCCUCUUUCAUCAAGUGAAAUGUUUUCUAAUCCUACAUAAGAGAAAUUGACUUUUUGACAUUUGUUGCAAUGUAGUGGCACUGAAUGUGUAAUUAAUUUAUUUUUCAUAUUGUUCCAAUGCUCUAAAAAUCUCUUUUUGAAGGGGUCUGGUUGUCCUACCGGUGUAUUGUACCCAGCAUUCACAUGUUAAUAGAUACACCACAUGCGUGGUAUUACAUGCUAUUUGGUCCUUGAUCUUAAAUGACUCACCAGUAACAUAGCUCUUAAAACGAUCAGUUUUUUUGUGAGGUAUAUUGGCAACUUUUGCAUAACCCGCACAUAUAGAAACCUUUAUUAAAAGAUUAUUUUUUAGAGGAAUUUCUAUAUGUGCUUGGUGCUAAAAUAUUUGUAAAAUCUCAUCUUCUAACAAAAGAGGCUAGUGCUUUUUCAAGAUUUUCUUAAUUUUUAAGGCAUGGGCAUCAUACUGUGUAUUAAAAGUGAAAGCAAAUGUAUUAUUCGUGACAACGGGGUUAGGUUCCUUGUCUAUUAAAAAAUCAUUUCUUUUCAUAUAUAAAACAGGUGAAACUUCUUUAUCAAUGAUAAUCUCUGUAUAGCCCUUUUCCAUAAAUUUACUUUUUAAGAGCUUGCUCUAACAAAACAAUCUUGAUCUGUGCAGUUUCUUCAUAAUCUAGUCAGUUGGCUACAGGGUACUCCCCGGAGCCAAGUAGGGUGUAACUGUUGGCAUUUGUGGGUUUUAGUUCUUAAUAUAAAUUGUAAGAUCUAGAAAAUGAAUCUUGUUUAAAUUAAUAGUAUGAUUAAAAACUAAUGAUAAUUGAUUAUCAUUAAUUAAGGCAAUAAAAUUAUUUAGAUUAUCUACUGUGCCCUUCCAAAUUGUUAAAAUGUCAUCAAUAUAACUUCUCCAAAGCACCAAGUGUGUGCCAAAAGUGUUUUUGGACCAAAUAUGAUUUGUUUCCCAAUAAUCUAAAAAUAAAUUGGCAUCGCUUGGUGCGAACUUGGUGCCCAUUGUAAUUCCUUGUAACUGGAGAAAGAAGUCACCAUUAAAAAAGAAAGAAAUUGUGUGUCAAGAUAAAAUGAAUACCAUCUACUAAAAAUCUAUUAAUAUCUGUAGAGAUAUCCCUGUCUAAAACCGUUUUGACUGCCAGGAGGCCUAAACUAAACUAUGUUCUAUAAUAGUGGAUAAGAAAAGGGAGGGAUUCCCACUAUCAUCACCUGCAGACCUUGAUGCACUGUACCUAGGGCUGGUAAAUCCUGAAGGGAUCGAAACGUUGCUUUAUCUGUCAUGUUUUUUCAAUAAAUCUGCUGAUGUAUGAAGACCCUGAGUGCCUGGACUACUUUGCUGUUACUAGAGUGGUGUAGAGUGAUGUGACAUCUUUAUUAAGCUAACACCACAGAGCACAAACCAUUAAUAUAUAUGGUAUCUCAUUAACAAUAAAUACAAAUUAACAACCAAUCAAUAUACAAAAUUGUGUAUUCUAGCAAAUACAAUUGCAAAAUAACCCCACAAGGUAUCAUAUUAUAUUGUUGAUCACAAUGCAUGUACAUAAGCCCAGUUGUUAUACCUUACUAAAAAAUGUACACAAGAAUUAGGUUUUAGAUGUUAGAUUCAAAUGGAAUUUACCCCUAGUAAUUCAAAAGUUACUUACAUUUAUUGCAUGCUAAAAACAGAGGUAACUAACAAUCCAUCCAAGUGGGUAUAAUUACUUGAUAAUUACCUAAUCAUGCUAAGUUUCAUUACAUCUUCCAUUUACGGAGAAUUCCUGCCUCCUUAAUACAAGGUCUUCAAGUGUCCAAAAUUAAUCUACCUCUGCAAAUUGUGGAGUGCCCACAGAAGCCUUUGAGGGUCAAAACAGUUGAGAAUGCGAUCAAAACAUGGCAAAAAGCUAUUUAAAUAGGACUUGUAAUAAAAGACUAUCAGCAAACUGGUCACAGAUGCAUGCACAGCCAUCCACAAAAUAAAAAUACGAUAUUAUACUAAUAUAGGUUACAAAUUUUACUUUCAAAAGAAAAACACUAUUACAUUUAAAAAAAUAUAUGGUAGCAUUUUUUGCUACUAUAUGUAAAUAUGCUCUGAAUAUAAACCUGGCGUAUGUUGAAACCUUUUUGGCUAGGAACUUAUAAUUAUAACUUUUUUAAAUGUUAAAUGUGGAUCCUUUGUAAAUGGAUAUUCCUAUAAAGUGUUUUUAGUAUUUUUUUAAAAGUAACAUUUGUAACCUAUAUUAGUAUAAUAUUGUAUUUUUUAUUUAUUUUGUGGAUGGCUCUGCAUGCAUCUGUGACCAGUUUGCAGUUUGUACUACAUUAACAUGGUGUUUAAUUCUCGAUUAAAAAUCUGAUUGGUGUUAGAUACAAUUUUUUUCUAAGUUACUUUGUCCCCCAAGAGUCUAUCUGAUUCUUUAAAUAAAAUUCAGUGGACAUAACAAAAAUUCCUCCCCCUUUGUCCGCACUCUUUAUUACAAAAUCCUUUCUAUUUUUCAGUUGUUUUAAUUCUCAAGUUUAAGGUCAAGAAUGCUGAUAUCUCUAUUGACCAUUUUUAAAAAAUGCUUCUAUUUGGUGUAUUUUCUCAUUUGGACAGAAAGUAGACUUGAGUUUAAAAAUUUGGUUGGUUGCAUUUAUGUCUCUAUAAGACAAAAAGAUUUCCACAGUGGUAAUGCAUGCUCAAAACAGUCCCGUGGGGGAUUCCCUUAACCGACACCUUAAUAAUAACAAAAGCUGACACAAAUAGGGAUGGAGCACAAUUCGCUAAAAUAAUAUACAUACAUAUAUUCGAUGUAUAGUGAGGUAGAUGCAGGUUCUAGAGGGAAAAACAUAAAAGUAACUAAUAGUGCAUAUAAAUAAACAGGUAAAAUAGGAAAAAGGCUAAUUGGAAGCACUCACAAAGGUGCUCAAAAAAAGUAACUUGGCUCUGGAUCAGGAUGCGAGAUGGCGUUAAAAAAGAUCAGGACGAGAGAUGGCGUUAAAGAAGCGCUGGAACGCAAAUUGCGUUCCAUUUGAAACAAAGACGCGAGGAUCUGACAUCACAACAUAUCUCAGAUGAAAGAAGGAGGAAAUACGUCAGUGGAAGUGCCGACAGACAUUUGGAACACAGGUUGUGUUCCACCAACUCCAAAAAGCCCGGGAACUUAGAAAUAACCACCUAUUUAAAGAUACUCCACACGGACACUUCCUACUUUUCCAACUGAAGAAGCCUGAACUGGCAAAACGCGUCUUGGAUGCUUAUUUAUUGCAAGGACCCCUGUUGAGUUUUUACUUUUGUUUUUAUCUUAAUAUUUUAUUUCCACUUUUGAUUCAAAUAAAUAGUUUAUAUUCCACUUGCGAAGUGUCAUACCAUCAUCUUUGGAAUCGGUCUAUACACAGAGGGUGCUGGAUCUCUAUUUAAAGAUCCACAGGCGCUAAACACCAGAACCAAGUGCAUUUUUUUGGCUCCACCAGUGUUAGUGUUUCCAGUUACUCUUUUUCCUAUUUUACCUGUUAAAAUGGAUCUGCACUAUUAGUUUAUUUUAUGUUUUUCCCUCUAGAACCUGCAUCUACCUCAGUAUACAUCAAAUAUAUGUAUGUAUGUUAUUUUAGAGAAUUGUGCUCCAUCCCUAUUUGUGGUAGCUUUUGUAUUUUAAAAAAACCUUCUUUUUUCUAAAAACCUCUAUAAAGACAUCUUCUGAACAAAUGUAUUUAACCCCUUAACGCCAUUACGGCGUUCUAUGCCGUCCUGCAUUAAAAGGGCUUUAAAGCCGUUGCAGCGGCAUAGAACGCCGUAAUGGCUGAAGCCCCCAGGAGUUUGGAAGGUACUUACCUCCGCCGCGAUCCUCUUCUGUAGGGUUGCCUGACAGCCCAGGCAGCCCUCCCCGGCAAUUGAGGCCCCCAGGGGCCAUGUGAUUGUUCUGAAAGAGCGAUCACAUGGCCCCCUAUAGCUGGCUGUGGAUCUGCCAGCAGGGGGACUGUCUGAAAUGUCAGACUGCUUCCUGCUGGUAGGAAAGUAAAAAAAAAAAAAAAAAAGAAUUAAACAUGUUUAAAAUAAAAUAGAAAUGUAUUUAUAUAUAUAAUAUAUGUAUAUCUAUUAUAUAUAUAAUAGAUAUACAUAUUAUAUAUAUGUAGCGCCAUACAAAGUGUAUUUUAAUAUUAAUAUAAGUACAUAUAUUAAUAUUAAAAUACACUUAGAAUGAAGUUGCAUGAUAUAUAUAUAAUAGAUAUAUACACAUAUAAUAUAUGCAUAUAUACGUAUAAUUACAAUAAUAAAUAAAUAAAAUAAAUAAAAUAUUGAAACAAAAUUUAAUAUAAAUUAUAUAUUCAUAUGUAAUUUCAUUCUAACUGUAUUUUGUUACUAAUAUAUAUAUAUAUUGGUAACAAAAUACAAUUACAAUUACAUUCUAUAUAUAUCUAUCUAUACAUAAAAUACAAAUAACCGCAAAUUUAUAUAUAUAUAAAUACAUGUAAUUACAUAAAAGAUUACAUUAGUAUACACGUGGAAUUUAAAUACCUAUAAAUGCAUAUAUAUUAAAAUUCUACGUGUAUAUUUAAGUAAUCUUUUAACAUAAUUAUGUGAUUUGAUUAAUUCAAAUUUGAUUGACAUGCCUGACAACACGGGGAGAAAGUGCAGAGAAUUUAAUUCACAAGCACUAUAUUUGACCCUGUAACUCUCCAAGAUACCAUAAAACCUGUACAUAGGGGGUAUUGUUUUACUCGGGAGACUUCGCUGAACUGAAAUAUUAGUGUUUCAAACUGGUAAAUCGUAUUACAAUGAUGAUAUUUUACGUAAAGGUUACGUUUUUUGCACUUUUUACAAACAAACGGCACUUUUAUGGACUAAAUUAUUGUUGUAAUAUGUUUUACUGUUUUAAAACAAUAAUAUUUGUGUUUAGUGAAGUAUCCUGAGAAUAACAGUACCCCUGUGUACAGGUUUUAUGGUGUUUUGGAAAGUUAGAGAGUCACAUAUAAGGCUUGCAUUUCAUUUUUUUUUACAUUGAUAUUUGCCAGAUUGGUUAUGUUGCCUUUGAGAGCGUAUGGUGGCCCAGGAAUGAGAAUUACCCCCAUGAUGGCAUAUCAUUUGCAAAAGUAGACAACCCAAAGUAUUGCAAGUGGGGUAUGUCCAGUCUUUCUGAGUAGCCACUUAGUCACAAACACUGGCCAAAUAUUAGUUUUUUGCUUUUUUCACACAAAAACAAAUAUAAACGCUAACUUUGGCCAGUGUUUGUGACUAAGUGGCUACUAAAAAAGACUAAACAUACCCCACUUUCAAUACCUUGGGGUGUCUCCUUUUUCAAAUGGUAUGCCAUUAUGGGGUAAUUCUCAUUCCUGAGCUACCACACCGUCUCAAAGGUAACAUUACUAAUCUGGCAAAUUUCAAUGUGAAAAUGGAACGUUCUAUAUUUGACCCUGUAACGUUUUAAAAAACCAUAAAACAUGUUAAUGGGGGGUACUGUUGUACUCAUGAGACAUCGCUGAUUACAAAUAUGUGCAUUUUUGUGCAUUAAAACCUAACAGUAUUAUGACAUUCACAGCUAAAAUGUCAGAUGGAAAUACACAUUUAAAAAAAAAUCUUAUUUUGUCACAUUUUUUUAAAUUUUAUUCAUAAUAAAUUAUGUUCCAUAUAUGAAUAGUUAAUGAUAAAUUAACGCCCUGUCUCUCCUGAACAAAAUGAUAUAUAAUAAGUGUGGGUGCACUUAAUGUGACAUCGGUGAAUUACGGUUGAACAGACAUAUAGCGCAAAUUCCAGUUUUUGUUUACAUUUUGUUUUGAUCAGAACGUGCACUAUUGACUCCGUCCUGAAGGGGUUAGUUAGAUAAAUAGAUUAAAAGGGUUGGCUGAAACAUUCGUGUAAAACUUUAGCCCCGUUUCUAAAAUGAGGAUCUAAUUUAAAUCCGAGAUGAUAAAAAUACCCCUUGAAUGUACAAUUUUAAUCAAUUUGAUUGUAUCUUCUUCUUGCUCAAUUGCCUUCUCUUCUGACUAUUACUAGCCCCCAUCCAUGAAAUCAGUCUAUAAUAAAAUAGCUAAUACUUUCCUCCAUUCUAGUGCCAAACUCAUCUCGAUGGUUAUCCACUGAUGUCACUUUCCUGAUUUGAGUGGGAGUGAUGUCACAAAGAGAUGUCAAGGGGGGUGGGCUGAGGAGAGGACAUGCCGUUGUCUGUCACCUGCAUGCUGUGUGCGCAGACAGACAGACACCAAACAUGCACAGAACUGACUAUGCCAGCUCAGAACUCUUGUUGCCGGAGGUUUAUCUCCACCACUGGCAACGCCAUAAAGGCAUUAUUAGCUAGCCUGGGAACAAGUUAAUCUCUGUAUGUGCUGCAUUUCAUAGCAAAACUCUCCACAUAAAGGCUCCAAUCCCAAUGAUCUCUUCAAAUCACUGAAGUGGUAAUGGUGCUUGGAGUUAUCAUUUACCUUUUUUGCACCAGGUAAGAGGUUGGUUUAAGUUAUGAAGGUUAGCAGAAGCAUUUUUUUUUUUUUUUUUUACUCAAUGUUCUUUUUUUCAAACUGAAGUUAAUUUACAAAUAGCCACCACAUUUUUUUAAUCAUAACUUAUUUGUUCUUUUACAAGAUCCCUUCCUUUGUCCGGUUUAAGAUAAACUGUGAUGCGGUUCAAGACCAUGAAAUACAGAAGGAGGAAGGCAUAUGGAAGGAGACAACUGAACUGCAACUUGAAGUAAAUAAAAUCUUAAACAAAAUUGACACCAUGAUUCCAAAGAUCACUUUCUCCCACUUUGACAACACAACUGAUGCUCGCAAGAGCAUGGCCACACUAGUCAAUCCUAGAGACAAAUAUUGUGUUGGAGACUCUCUAGUUGUCAAGGUUGAUAUGUUUGAUCACUUGGGCAAGAGGAAGACCCAUGGAGGAGACUUUCUUAUGGCAAGAAUAUUUUCCUCUAAUGUUAAAGCUGGUGCAUCUGGAAAAAUUGAGGAUUUAGAAAAUGGAACAUAUAACAUUCACUUUACACUAUUUUGGCCGGGUGUAGUUAACUUUUCCAUCCAUAUGAUCCAUCCAAGUGAAGGUGUCUCAGCCUUGUGGCAAGCAAGAAAUAAAGGAUAUGGCUAUGUAAAUUACACAGGGAAGUUUCUUAGUCAUGGGAAAGUGGCCAAUAUGAAGUGUGGGUUUAAUUUAAAUGGAACACAAGAAUUGUGUGAAUAUUCAGAUCUCAAAGAAGAGGAGUAUUUCUAUUGUAUGAAACCAGAGAAUAUGUCAUGUGGAUUGUUGGUCCAGAUGAUGAGUCUGUUUGUAGACUCACACUCCUAUUUAAGUGAUUCAGAAAAGCAACUUUUUAACAGGUAAGAUAAAUAUAUUUUAUUUCUAUACUGUGAAUACAUACUCAUUGGCAUACAGAUAUAGCCAUCAGAUGCAAUUAGUCAAUUAAUCUUUAUUUAAGAUGCACCAUUUAGCUUUCACCCAACUGGAAAUUCAGAGCAUCCUGCAAAGUUUGUUCUUUCUAUAGAUUUCCUAGCGACGAAGCUGUAAAAAGGCAAAUUGUAUUCACAAGUAAGGGCUUAUAGAUCAUAUAAAGUAUAACUAGUUAUCAGUACAAAAGUAGUAUUUUAUCAAGCCAAUACAUUUGUAUGUAGCAUAUAUCAAAUUUAAAUGGAUCAAUAUCAGAUAGAUAAUUGGAGAUUAAUUGGAAGAUGCACAUAGAAAAUCAUGAGAUUUGUUAUAAGUAUCACUGCAUAUUAAGGAAACAGGAUAAAAAGGUUUAAUUUGAAAUCAGAGCUGCAUUCUUACUGUUUGCUUAGUGUAUUCAGAAAUAUCUGAAUACAGCUUGAAUUCAAAUCAUGGUCAGUAAAAGAAAAUGCAAAUAAGGAUUAGCUGAUGACAGCUUCCAGUCUGCUGCAAUAUAUAUAGUGUGCUGGAUUGAUAGGAGAAAAAAAUAUGAUCUAUGACUUUGGGUCACUCUAAAUGUUCCUUUUAAUAUAAACAUGACCUAUAUUCAGUCCCCAAAACAACCAUAGCUUAAUGAAGCCAUUUGUGUAUAGAUCAUAAGUCUCACUGCUCAAUUCCCUGCCAUUUAGGAGUUAAACAACUUUGUUUAUACAGUCCUAGUCACACCUACCAGUAUGUAACUGCACAGACUUCCUCAACACUUCUUGUAAAGUGAGAUCUAGAGUUUACAAUUACUUUAUUUUACAGCCUGUUUAAUUUAGAAUGUAUUAUCUCCUGCAAUGUUAAUAGCUUUCUAGACCUUGCAGGAGCCUCCUGUUUGUGAUUAAAGUUCAGAGUUUUACAGAGCCGGAUAUAAAAACGAACACUCUAAAAAAAAAAGCAAAUGUAUUGCCUUUUAUUUUCUUCCAGUGGAAUAUGCUCAGAAGCAAGUGUCUGGAUAUUACUCAGUAAUUAGAGUGUAAGAUAGUCCAUAGAGGCACCUGGGACAGCCCCUUACCAGUUUGUAUGUGGGAAAAUAAAUAUUUGCAGUAUUUUAGGACCACUAAGAUUUUCUUUUCUCUGGGGGUGGAGGGGUACGAUAACAAUAAAAUGGGAAAAAGAUAGAUUAACAUCUUUAUGCAAUUUCCACCGUGUAUGUUAAAAUAAAUCAGUAUUUAACCCCUUAAUCCCUUAAUGACUAGUGACGGACGAGGCCCGUUACAGAGGGGAAACCCUUAACGACGAGUGACAGACCUCGUCCAUCACGCGGUAAAAUUAACCCCAGAUCGCGCCGAUCGCAGGGUUAAUGGUGCUCUGCAGAGGCAGACCGGGAGCACCCGAUCAGGCUGCCCCAGCACCGGUGCUCGCUCUGACAGGCUGUCAGAGCGAGCACAUGUGCUCAGUAUACUCACCUUUCACCUCCCUGCACUUCCGGGUUCUGUGUGAAGUGCGGGGAGACGGAUCAUCACUGAAAAAAAAAAAUAAAGUUCAUUUAAAAUACCCCCCCCUUUACCCAUUUUAAUUAAAAAUUAUCCCCUUCCCUGAGAAUUGAUCACUGACUACAGUGAUCAAUUGGCAGUGAUUACAUUUUACUAUGACCUGAUUUUUUUUUUUUUAACCUCUGAGGGUUAAUUCUUUUUUUUUUUAACCCUCAGGGGUUAAAUUUAUUUUAUUAAUUUAAAUAUUUUAAAAUUAUAUAUUUAGCUAGCUGGGGUGGAUGGAAGUUAGUGGGGAAUUGGGGGAUUUGGUGUUAGGCUAACUAGGGGUUAACUUUAAAAAAAGUUUUAAAAUAAGCUUUAAAAAGUUAGAAAUUAAGUUAAAAAAAGUUUUAAUAACGUUUAAGUAAAAAAAAAAAAACCUCCCCUUUAACCAGUCCAACUAAAAAUUAACCCCUUCCCUGCUACUGCCUACAGUGAUCAAAAUACAGAUCACAGUAUUAUACUGUGAUCUAAUUUUUUUUAACCUUUUUUUUUUUUUUUACUUUUUUUUCUUUAUUUUAAAUACAUAUAUCAUACAAAUUUACAAUACGACACAAGACAAUAUAGCAGCAAAAUAGGAGAGAAGAAAAAGGUACCAUUUAAAUUUCCUUAGUAGAGUGGUAAUAUUUAAAUAUAUCUCCUAAUUUUUACAAUGUUCAUAGAAUUAGUCUACUUCUAACUGAUCAACAUUAUUUCCUACAUCAAUCAUCUCAAUACAUUUUGACCAAACAAAUACUUUAUUGCUUAAUUUUUGUUUACUUAGCAUCAACUCCAUUUUAAUCUGAAACUCGAGUUGGUUUUUAACUUUCUUCCAGGGGACUUCUGAAUCUUUUUUCCACCAUCUCGCAAUUACUAUUUUAACAGCUAAAAAAAGAUGUAUAAGAAUUACUUUUAGCUCGUACGUCAUAUGUGGCCAAUUCAAGUGUAGCAAAACUACCUCUGGGGAAAUUAUCAACUCGAGUUUUAGAUUGUUGGAUAUGAAAUGCUGUAUUUUCAGCCACAGAUUUUUUAAUUUAUGGCAGUCCCACCAAAUAUGUCUAAAAUUGCCUCUAAUACUGUUAUACCUCCAACAGGUAGGAUUAGUUAAAGGAUAUAUUUUAUUCAAAUUAGCUGGUACUAAGUACCACCUAUUUAAAACUUUAAAGUGUGUUUCUAAUAAAUUUAAUGAGUGUAUGUUCUUCUUAACAUCCAUCAUUGAAGAACCCCAUUGUUUCAUACUAAUAUCAAUAUUUAUGUCUUGUUUCCAUGUCUGUAUAGCAGUAGGAUUUAUAUCCUUGACCAUUGAUUUAGUUAAUAUCAAAGCUUUAGAGAGGGGUUUAUUAAUUUUUUUUGAGGUAAAUAAUAAAUCAAUCAGAUUGCUCAAAUUAGAUUUUGGUAUUUUAAGGUGUGUGUUCAUAUAACUUUUAAGUCUUAAAAAAUUAAACACCUCUCUAGAUGGAAGAUUAUAUGCGCAUGUUAUUUGAGCAAAAGUUUUGAUUGAUCCUUCUAUCAAUAAAUGAUCUAAAGUCAUUAUCCCUGAUUUUUUCCAGUUAUUUAGAUUUAAAUCUUCCACUUGAUUUUCUACAAUAUUUAACUCUAAGUAGCUUGGACCUUUUUUUUCUAUAUUCAUUGCUUUUUUAAUUUUUGACCAAUUUUCCAAUAAUUGAGUUAAAAUAAUAUUAGGAUACUCUUUUUUUUAGCGUUUUAUUUAUAUUCCAAAUUAAACAAUCUAAGCUAGAAACUUCUCCUGCCUUCAUUUCCAUUUUAUACCAUCCUUCAUCUUUAUUUUCUUUAAUUUGCAUUCUAUAAAUAUGUAGAAUAGUAGCUGCUUUAAAUGGAUAAGCAAGUCCACCUUUAUGUAAUUUUUGCACUAAUAUUGAUUGUUUUAGUCUUGGCUUCUUACCUUUCCAAAUAUAUUGAGUAAAGCUUCUUUGUAUUAAUUGAAGCCAAUGAAUUGGAAUAUGGAGAGGUAACAUUUGGAACAUGUAGUUCCACUUUGGUAUGACAUAUGAAUUAAUGACGUUUAUUCGUCCCCAAAAAGUAAUCUCUAAAUUUCUACGAUCUUUUAACCAUUUAUUGAGGUCCAAUAAUAAUGUUAGGAAAUUUACUUCCAUAAUCUUGUUUGUCUCUCUAACUAUUUUAAUUCCUAAAUAAUCCAUACUUUCCUUAACCCAAAUAAAAUCAUAUCUGUUUUUAGUCUCUUGUUGCGUUUUUUUAUUGAGAUUGAUAUCUAAUAUCAGGGAUUUAUUUGUAUUUAACUUAUAGUUUGAUAUAAAACUAUAUCGAUCUAUUUCUUGCAUUGUAUGUUCUAAAGAGUUUUUAGGAUUUGUGAGAGUAAUUAGAAUGUCGUCGGCAUAUAGACAAAUUUUUUGGUCCUCAUCCAUUAUUUUAUAGCCAUUAAUCUCCUUAUUGUUUCUGAUGUUUUCAGCCAAUGGUUCAAUAGUCAGCAAGUAAAGUAAUGGUGAAAGGGGGCAUCCCUGCCGAUAAUUUUUUUUAACCCUUGACGAUUAACUUUUAUUUAUUUUUUAACCCUCAGGGGUUAAAUUUUUUUAAUUAACUAAUUUAAAUAUUUUAUAAUUAUAUAUUUUGCUAGCUGGGGUGCGUGGGAGUUAUGGGAAAAUGGGGAAUUUACUGUUAGUGCUGCUUACUGCUAGUCAGGGGUUAAUGGUAAAAAAAAAAGCUUAGAAAAAUGUUAAAUCUGUAAAAAAAAGUAUUAAGAAAGUUUAGGAAAGUUUAAAAAAAUUAAUAAGCAAAACAAAAGUGUAAAAACUAGUUUUAAAAAGUAAAAAAAAGUUUAAAAAAGUAAAAAAUAAUACAUUUAAAAAUGCUCAUUACCACUACACCUGAAACAAGCUAGAGAAAAAAAUGAUCCCACGCCAAGGUUCAAAAUAUGCCUUUUGAAUUACCCCAGGGUGUAUUCUUUAAUAAAUAGUAUGUGUUUGUGGGGAAGUUUCAAUAACUAACCAUCUAAACUACUCCAAAUUGGAACAUGGACACAGUGUAAAACUUCAAAGUUAGAAAAAAACUGAAUGGCUGCGUCUCAAAUGUGCCCCUUCAACAUCCACAUAUACCUGGCAAAGGUAUAUACGGGGGUAUUGCUUUACUCAGACCACAUAGCUGAGCAACAUAUGAAGUAUUAUACAGUCGUAGCACACAUAAGGUUUGCAAAAUAUACUGUGCAAACUCACUUUGUGUGUCAAAAAGGCAGAAAAAACCCUUGUUACCACUACACUUGGUACAAGCUAGCGGAAAAAUGACCCCACGCUAAGGUUCAAAAUAUGCCUUUUGAAAUACCCUGGGAUGUCUUCUUUAAAAAGAAAUGCUAUGGCUUUAUGGGGUAUGUGGCGAAACCAACCUCGCCACUGUGCACUGGAGAAGCCUGGUUGCUCGCCUGCUCCCUUUAGAUUAUGGCCCUGCAGUUCAGAGCUGUUAUUCUCCCUGCUGAAAGGUUUAUUCGUGCCUUUCUGCCAGGGUGUUCGGUAGAUUCCAUCUACCGAACAAACUACCGAACGAUGGACCACCUGGGAGCUGGAGUGUGCAGUCAACUGACCGCCCAGAAGCUGCGGUUAACCGCAGCUUAAUUGAUCAACGCUGGGUGGCCGUUGUUCGUCUGCCGAACACGUGGCAGCGGCCAUUUUACCUCCCGAAUGGCCAGCGGUGUUCAGCGCCCAAACUAUGGAACUGAAAACGGACACUUAUUGGCGCGAACACCGCUGAGCCGCCAGCCUCCUUACCUUCCCAUUCGGUAAGCAGAACCGAAUGACUGUUCAAUUGGUAGUUUCGCCGGAUGAACAGCAUCCCUCAGAUAGCUAAGCCAUGGAGCCUAUUCGUGUAAUGAAAGACUAUGGGAAAGACUUUGGCUCCAUGGCAAUUGAACUGUAUGUAUGUGAUCUGAGCGCCAUUCGGUAGUAAUGUGCGCUCAGAUCCAAGCUAUUUGGGGAUAUGUAGAAUGUAUAUGUUUUAGGUAAUAAAUGUGACUGUAUGUAAUUUUAUGUCUUUUACUGUAUUGUUACUGCCAUGAGGUUAAUGGAGUUUUGCCUCUGUCCUGGGAAAUAAGUGGAUUACUUCCCCAAUUAUCUCCAGGACAGAGAGGAGGGAUUGUGAUGUAAUUGUGGGAGUGUUUAAAGGUGUAUGUCUGUGAUUGGCUAAGAGACAAUAUGUUUCCCUGUUUCCCAUUUGGUCCCCUAGGGCAGUGUCCACCAGGUGGGAGACCUGCAUAAAAGCCAGGCAGUUAGCCCCAGUAAACCAGAUUCUGCUUGACCCUCAAACCGAAGUGUCGUCUCGUCUUUGGGGGGAUUUACUGUAUGCUGUUAGAGACUGAUUGCCAGGAGUGUAAGCCGCUUGGGGGCUUUUCCUGUUCGUCUGCUAACAGCUAUUCGUGUGUCUCUAGUUCGGGAGUUUGGAACACUACUUGAUAUGCAGUUCGGGAGUUUCGAGUAUUCCCUUGGUUGCAGUUCGGGAGUUGGUGAAUUCGUGGAUUUGCAGUAGCUGUCUGUGCAUCUGAAAAAGGGGAAUAUCGCCUAAACGGUUUUUAACCUCUUGUGGGCAAAACGGUCCGUUACAGGGUAUUUGGAUUAUAUAGCCUGGUAAAAUACUCUAAAAUGGGACAUGGGCACAGCGUAAAAAUUUUAAGUUUGAAAAAAAACUGGAAUGGCUUUGUCGCAUUUGGGAUGUCCACAUAUACCUGGCAAAGGUACAUACGGGGGUAUUGCUGUACUCAGCCAACAUAUGAAGUAUUAUACAGUGGUAGCACACAUACGGUUUGCAAAAUAUACUGUGCAAACUCACUUUGUAUGUCAAAAAGGCAGAAAAAACGAUUAUUACCACUACACCUAGUACAAGCUAGCGGAAAAAUGAUCAAAUAUACCUUUUGAAAUACCCUGGGGUGUCUACUUUAAGAAAAAAGGCCUUUGUGGGGUAAUUUGAAUUUAAACCCUGCUAAGAUGCUUGGAAAUUGCACAUAGGCCCAGCGUCAAAAUUCAAAGUUCAGCAAAAACUGAUAUGGCUUGGUCUCCUAUAUGGCACUGUAGCUUCCCAAAAUAGUGCCAAAGACAUUCAUUGGGGGUGUCUUUUUACUCAGAAGACUUAGCUGAGCAUAAUUUGGGGCUUUUGAACUUAGUGGCACAUAUGAAAUAUACAAAAUGCCCAGCAAAAAUGCAAUCUGUAUGUAAAAAAAAGCCCCAAAUUAUUUUUUACCACAUCCUUUGGCAAAUAUUGGUGAAAAAAUGGGGGAAUGCUAAGGCACAAUAUGCACCUUAUGAGAUACCCUGGAGGGUCUACUUUUACAAAUGGUAGGCCUUUGUGGGUUUUUUUUUUGAACAGUCAAACUGUUAUAAUACCCCAAAUGGAAGCAAAGGCUUGUUAAAUCCGUCUCUCAAAAUUCUACUGUGAAUACUGAAAAGGACAGGUCUCCUAUAUGGCACUGUAGCUUCACGAAAUAGUGCCAAAGACAUACAAUGGGGGUGUCAUUUUACUCAGCAGAUGUAACUGAACACAAAAUAAAACUUUGUACAGGAAUAGCACACACCAACUUUACAAAAUACACAUGAGAAUGUCUUUGUUAUAAGUUUGUGUGCCAAUAACCAAAAAAACCAAACACAUUUUUACUCCAAUAUUUAGCAGAGGUUGGCGGUGAAAUGGCUAAGUAGAAAGUGUCAAAACAACCUUAGGUAAAUAGCCUGUUAUGUCUACUUUAUAUACAUAUAUACUUUUGUGUGGCAAUUUUGUUUUCUUUUAUGGCUAUUAAGCUUACAAGACAAACAUACCUAAUUCUAAAACCGCUCCACAUUAAAAGUUUAUUUUACUCCUUGUGCUUUGUGACCUGUAACUACCAAAAAAAACUUAAAAUCCCAGACACAUUAUAUAUUCUGUAAAUCAGAACAACUAAAUGAAUUUAUUUUUAAUUACUUUCCUUAAUCUGCACUAAUUAUGCACACAUUAUUAUUGCAAAAACUGUAAAAAAACCCCAUCAUUUUUAUUUUUUUUGCAUUUUUCUGUAUUUUUUUAUAAUAAAUAAGUAUAUAUAUAUAUAUAUAUAUAUAUAUAUAUAUAUAUAUAUAUGUGUGUGUGUGUUACAUCAAAUUAAAGCCCUUUCUGUCCUUUAAAAAAUGGUAUAUAAUAUGUGUUGGUGCAAUAAAUUAGUAAAAUGCAAAUUGCAGUUGAACGUAAACAGCAAAAAAUGCUGUUGUCAUUAAGUGAAAGACAAGCUUCUGAAGCUCUGUCCUUAAGGGGUUAAGGACUGAGCCAAAUGUACACGUUGUAAUCAAAACAAAACGUAAACAAAAACUUUGUUUGAAUUUGACUAUAUGUUCAACCGUAAUUCACCUCUUUCAUAUUAUGUGCACCCACACUUUUUAUAUAUCAGUUUAUUCAGGGAAAACAGGGCUUUCAUUUAACAUCAAAUAUUUAGGCAUGAAACAUAAUUUAAUAUGAAUAAAAUAUAAAAAAAAUGGGAGAAAAUAAGAAUUUGUAAAAUAUUUUUUAGUUCUACGUCACAUUUGAGACCCUAUGGUAGCCCAGGAAUGAGAAUUACCCCCAUGAUGGCAUACCGUUUGCAAUAGUAGAUAACCCAAGGUAUUGCAAAUGGGGUAUGUCAAGUCUUAUUUGGUCACAAACACUGGCCAAAGUUAGUGUUAAUAUUUGUUUGUGUGUGAAAAAUGCAAAAAACUAAUUUGAACACCAAUGUUGGCCAAUGUUUGUGACUAAGUGGCUACUAAAAAAGACUGCACAUACCCAUUUGCAAUACCAUGGGUUGUCUACUAUUGCAAAUAGUAUGCCAUCAUGGGGGUAAUUUUCAUUCCUGGGCUACCAUAUGGUCUCAAAGGCAACGUAAUCAAUCUGGCGAAUUUCAAUGUGAAAAAACUGAAACUCUGUAACAUUUGAAAACACCAUAAAACCUGUACAUGAUGGGUACUGUUAUACUCAGAGACUUUGCUGAACACAAAUAUUAGUGUUUCAAAACAGUAAACCGUAUCACAACAAUUAUAUCGUCCGUCCCAUUAGUGUGUGAAAAAUUAAAAAAAGUCACUUUCACUGACGAUUUCAUCGUUGUAAUACAUUUUACUGUUUCGAAACACUAAUAUUUGUAUUCAAUGAAGUCUUCCAAGUACAACAGUGUUACGGUUGCCUCCAGGCUGGCUGGAAGUUGGACCGUAGAAAGGAUGCUCCUAGCGCUCACCAAAGGACCAUCAGCACCGUAGACACCAUAAGUACUGCAGACUCAAUGAACCACCGCUCCUGGGCUAGGAUCUCGCCGUCUGCUCUAUGCCCUGGAUCCAUGACCAGGCUCCAGGUUCCAGUAGGCGAACCUCUUCCUUCUGUAGAGCGAAGCAGGAUCAGGAACAAGAGCUCUUACAAGAGCUCAGUAGCUAAGGGAGUAUGAAGAGCAUAGCAAUCCCUGUAGUGAUUAUAGCUGUCCCCUACAAACAUGAGUCAAGGCUGCAAGUUAGAGGGUCAAGUCAUUCUGUUUAUUGGCACACAAAGAACCUUCUUUUAUGCAGGUUUCCCUGAGAUAGGACCACCCACAAGGUUUUACACAACAACCAAUAAUAAACGUACAUUACAGAAACACUCCCAGCAAUUACACACAAAAAUCCUCCCCUCUGCCUGUGAUCUAAUUAUGUUGCACAAUGGGUUAACAUAAUUAAACACAGGCAGUAAAAAUACAGUUUUUACCCAUACCCUGUAACUUUAAAACUACACAUCCAAUCGUCAUAACAAUUACAUAUUUAGAAUCAAUCCAUUCAGGGGAGCAACAUAUUAAAAAAAUGGCACAAAUCAGACAAGGGGUUCAAAAGUUAGCACAAGUAUCUUUUGGGGCCUGGCUGGCAGCAUGGUUAUCUGGCCCAAACCAGUUUUACAGAGCCCUCUAGCCUGGAGACAAUGGGGAAAAUAAUCCACUUAUAUCCAGGGAUAGAGGCAGACUCCAUUAACCACAUGUUAGCAAAAGACACAAAAAUACAUAACUCCUAUCAUACUGAACAGAACCCCCACAUUCGACCUAUCCCCAGAUGGCUUGGAUCUGAGCGCUCAAUAUAUCCAAACAGCGCUCAGAUCCCACAAAUACAGUCAAAUCGCCAUACACACUAGGUCCAUAGUCAUGGGGCAGAAGGCUGGCAAUUAGGCUUCUCCAUAACACAGGGAGGCAGGGCAACUUGUCAAAUAAAAUAACAGUUACAAAUGGCAGUCUGUAACAUAUCUCCCCUUUUAGAGGGAGACUAACCAGGCACCUGACCUUCUGUCGGUCAGUGCCUAAGUUAGUCUCGCAACCCACCCACAAAUAAACAUUGGCAGAGUAGCCCCCCCACAAUAAAUAGUACUGGCCUGUAGGUUCCAGGUUGUAGGAUGAAAAUGUAGCAUCCUUGGCCUUCCCGGUGCAGCUGGGCAAAUAGCUGAGGGUACUUGGAGGGCAGAGGCCAACAGUGCUUUGCCAUGAUGCCAGCGCUUCUGCUGGGGUGAGGGGGUUGCAGGACAGUCCUGUGACAAGGGAGUUGGUAGGGCAGAGGCCAGCGGCGCUCUGUCCUGAUGCCAGCUCUUCCGCUGGGAUAGCCAGCAUAAUGUCACGCUCUGUACAAGGGUCAAAGAGAGGGCAGAGGCCAACUGCACUCUGCCCAGCUGCCAGCUCUUCUGCUGGGGGAAUUGGGGCAUAGUCCUGCCCGGUGGCAAACGGCACGUGGGGGUUGGUGGGGGUUGCCAUCUUCCCUGUUAACCCUGGGCCCAAGUUAGGAGUUAGCUGGGGAGGGGAGAAUUGGCUUACCUCCUCCUCCUGAUACUCCUGCGGCCGCUGGGAAGGGAGGUCGAUGCUCUCCGCUCCCUGUGGAACAUGCUGUGGCUGGGGAGAGAGACCGGUUGUCUCCUCUCCCUGGAAGGCACACUCCGUCUGGGGAGGGAGGUCGAUGCUCUCCUCUCCCUGUAGCUGGGUCUGCCGCUGGGGAUCUGGGCUGCCUGCCCAGCAUCCCUGGAGGGCCGGUAGAGAGACUGCAGUCCCAUCUCCACAUGCCUGCUGGUGGUCCUCCCAGGACCAGUCUAUGAGGUACACUGCCUCGGGUACCUCUGGUUGUGGUUGGGGAAGGAGACCGGUUGCCUCUUCCCUCUGCACGGUGCACUGCCGCUGGGGAGGGAGGUCGCUGCUCUCCUCUCCCUGUAACUCAGGCUGCCGCUGGGGAGGGAGGUCGAUGCUCUCCGCUCCCUGUAGCUCACCCAGGGGUUGGGGAUCUGGGCCAACUGCCCAGCAUCCCUGUAGGGCCGGUAGAGAGACCUCGGUCCCAUCUCUACCUGCCAUCAUAGGUUCCUCCCAGUUUACCUCUACGAUAUCCUUCCAGCUGAAGGACUCUCGUUCUGGCUCUGCUGCUGUGCACUCUUGGGGGACCUCUGGAUGCUGUUGAGGAAGGGGACGGGUUGUCUCUUCCCGGGACCCCUGGAUGAUGUGCUGGUACUUCCACUCCAGGUCACAUUCCUGGGUGACUAGAUACCGCAGGUCUUCCUCCAGGCCAAUAGCUCUAGGGAGUCCCAGCUUGUCUUCCCGGUCAUCAUACAGGUCCCAGAAGCGUGAGUCUGUAGCCCUUCCAAAGUCAUCAUCGUCCAUAUUCUCCCAGAAUAGAUCAGGGCCAUUGUAAUCCCCACACUCAGGGAAUUCAUACUCAGCCAUCUCUGGAACAAGCUGAGUCGCGUACCACUGUAGCGCCUGGUAUGCGUUGUCGAGCCACAGUUCGCUGUAUACUAGAUCCUCUAGUUUAGUCACCCACGCUGGAAGGGGUUGUUUGCCCAGGAGGGGCAUCUGCUCUGCCAUUCGAGCCUGGAUUUGCUGCCCUCUGCUGAUACUACGAUCACCUCGCCAACGCUGAACUUCCUGUAGGGCUUCUUCCCACAGCUCGGCUCUGGCCUCACUUCUGUACCCACACAUCUCCUCUUCUGAGACUGCCCCAUCUCUCCAGGAUAGGAAGCCAUGCAAUCUGUCGAGGAACCUCUCCUCCAUUUCGGCUGCUGUGCACGAACUUGCUGGCUCCAUGCUGCUCUAGGUAGGGACGCUGCGCAGUGGCUAGCGUUGCCCUCAAUAUUCUCUCAUAUGAUACCAGUGUUGUUGGGGUGCUGCUCCUUGUGCUAGGACGCCAUCCCACCGCUGCCACCAAAUGUUACGGUUGCCUCCAGGCUGGCUGGAAGUUGGACCGUAAAAAGGAUGCUCCUAGCGCUCACCAAAGGACCAUCAGCACCGUAGACACCAUAAGUACUGCAGACUCAAUGAACCACCGCUGCUGGGCUAGGAUCUCGCCGUCUGCUCUAUGCCCUGGAUCCAUGACCAGGCUCCAGGUUCCAGUAGGUGGACCUCUUCCUUCUGUAGAGCAAAGCAGGAUCAGGAACAAGAGCUCUUACAAGAGCUCAGUAGCUAAGGGAGUAUGAAGAGCAUAGCAAUCCCUGUAGUGAUUAUAGCUGUCCCCUACAAACAUGAGUCAAGGCUGCAAGUUAGAUGGUCAAGUCAUUUUGUUUAUUGGCACACUGAGAUAGGACCACCCACAAGGUUUUACAGUUUUUACCCAUACCCUGUAACUUUAAAACUACACAUCCAAUCGUCAUAACAAUUACAUAUUUAGAAUCAAUCCAUUCAGGGGAGCAACAUAUUAAAAAAUGGCAAAAAUCAGACAAGGGGUUCAAAAGUUAGCACAAGUAUCUUUUGGGGCCUGGCUGGCAGCAUGGUUAUCUGUCCCAAACCGUUUUUACAGAGCCCUCUAGCCUGGAGACAAUGGGGAAAAUAAUCCACUUAUAUCCAGGGAUAGAGGCAGACUCCAUUAACCACAUGUUAGCAAAAGACACAAAAAUACAUAACUCCUAUCAUACUGAACAGAACCCCCACAUUCGACCUAUCCCCAGAUAGCUUGGAUCUGAGCGCUCAAUAUAUCCAAACAGCGCUCAGAUCCCACAAAUACAGUCAAAUCGCCAUACACACUAGGUCCAUAGUCAUGGGGCAGAAGGCUGGCAAUUAGGCUUCUCCAUAACACAGGGAGGCAGGGCAAUUUGUCAAAUAAAAUAACAGUUACAAAUGGCAGUCUGUAACAAACAGUACCCCCAAUGUACAGGUUUUAUGGUGUCUUGGAAAGUUACAGGGUUAAAUAUAGUGCUAGCAAAUUAAAUUCUCUGGACUUUCGGCCUGGGUUGUCAGACAGAUCCCGCAAAUUGUAAUUAAUAAAAUGACCUAAUUAUGUAAAAUUAUUACAUAAUUAUAUACGUAGAAUUAUUAUAUAUAAACGUGUGUGUGUAUAUAUUUAUAUAUAUAUAUAUAUAUAUAUAUAUGUAUGUAUGUAGUUUUUUCAAAUUAUUUUUAUUUAAAUAGGUAUAUAUAAAGUGAUACAUACAUAUAUACUUAUGUAUAUAGAUAUAUAUAUUAUUUUGUUCUACUUCUAUUUUGAUAUCAAUAUAUACAUAUAUACAAUUUUAAAAUACAGUUAGAAUGAAAUUACACAUACAGUUGCAAGAAAAAGUAUGUGAACCCUUUGGAAUGAUAUGGACAAAUUGGUCAUAAAAUGUGAUCUGAUCAUCAUCUAAGUCACAACAAUAGACAAUCACAGUCUGCUUAAACUAAUAACACACAAAUAAUGAAAUGUUGCCAUGUUUUUUUGUUUUUGUUUUCAAAUAAAUGUUUUAUCGUUUUAGUUAAAGUGGUUCGGGGUACAGAAAAGAAGAUAGGAGGGUUAGUUAGACAAGUGUCACUCUCUACGUGACAUUUAUGGUUACGUAACAUCGUAUUACAUGCAUGCGUGGGAUAUUUGUUUCAUUGUGACAUUAAUGGCUAUGCGACAUCAUAAUAUAAAUACCUGUUAAACAUUGUGACAUUAACGUUUAUGAGACAGCACGAUAUAAUUUCUUGUGAGACAUUCAGGUAAUCGUCACCUACACAAUGGAUUGUCAAAGGUGUGAGAGAGCAUUAGUUGUCUUAUAGCUCCUCCCGUCUUCUUAAGGUUCUGGGUUGCAUGAGCCUGGUUAGGAGUCAAGAACCGAGGAGGGGAGCCAAAAGCAGCGAGGGGCUGUGGGUGGGUUGGUGGGGGGUUAGGGAAGGGGCGAGGUACAUGAGUAAUACCUAUGGUCGUUUGGUUGGUGUCCUGACCUGGGGUCAGUGUUAUGGUGGGGGGGAGAGGGUAAACCGGGGUAUUUUCCUAGUCAGUGCUCUUGGCAGUGUUUGCCAUUGUUUGUGCCCUUUCUUUUGUUCGUCCAAACUCUUUUUCCCAUUUUCCCCAGUAGCCUCAAAUUGUAUUAUUUUUUUUGUGGAUUUAAUUGCCAUUCUCUCAUAUAUAUCUAAUUGCUCUACUCUUUCAGCUGUGGCAAAGAGGGUCAGUCUUGGGAUUUCCAAUUAAGUGCUAGGAGAUUUCUUGAUGCCAGUAAGACUAGCGUUAUGAUUUGUUUUUGGCCUGGGUUUAGUCCUGCUGGGAGCAGUAGCAGUAGGCAGAUGGAUGCCGUCAGUCAAAUUUUACAUAUCUAGUGUGUCUAAGAUUGACCUUGUUGUAGUCCAGAGAGGUUUAAUGUCUCUACAGGACCACCACAGGUGUAGUAGUGUGCCCAAGGCUGAUUUACAUCUCCAGCACAACGGGCUCGUCAUGGGAAAUAACUGGUGAAGUCUUUGUGGGGUCAUGUACCACCGGUACAUGAGUUUCCUGUGGGCUUCUAUGUGUGAGAAGCACUUUGUCCAUUUGGACAACCCGUUUAGUGCGUGGAGCCACUCUGUGUCUGAUAGGGCUAUGUCACAGUCCUUUUCCCAUUGGGCUUUGUGCAGAUGUGGUUUUGUUGGCGUGAGUUCUUGCCAUGUUUUAUAACACAUUGUUAGUGUUUUAGGUUUGUUAGGUGCGGACCAACAUCUGUCAAUGAGCAACUGUGAGGUAACCUGUGGUGGGCCCUUUGAGUUGUGUGUGGGUAUCGCGUGUGCUUGUAGUACACUUUUUAUCUGUAGGUAGGAAAAGAUGGCUUGGCUUGGGAGUUGCCACUGUGCCUGUAGUGUUGGGAAGGGAGUUACUUCCCCUUCAGUCAUCAGUUGGGUUAUGUGUUUGAUCCCUGCUUUGUGUCAGUCUUGGAGUGGUAUGUCUGCUACGGUUGCCCUAAGGGUCGAGAUGGGCGAUUUAGGGUGGAAGGAGAUGUUGUAACCUAUGGUUCCCAUAAAUUCAUCCCACACCGCUAUCGUGAGCUGGGUGGUUGGGAAGAGAUCCUGUUGUUUCAAUCUUAAGUGCUUGGGUGUCUAGAGGUAUUCAAGUAGGGCUUGAUUACGGAAUUGUGCCCUAUCCAUGUCUACCCAUUGGGUCGUGUUAGGUGGUGCAUGUAGGAGGAUACCUGAGGACAGAAUAGCUGCCCUAUAGUACUGUUUGAGAUUUGGGAGGCCAACACCUCCCGAGCGGGUGGCAGUCUGAAGGAGUGCCAUAGACAUCCUGGGUUUCUUGCCCCCUCAAAUAAAUGCACUGCAUAGUUUUUGUAAUGUUUUGCAGUAUUGGUUGGUAAUUCUGAGGGGAAGCAUCCUAAAGACAUAGAGAAUACGGGGCAGGAUCAUCAUCUUGUAGGCAUUAAUCCUCCCCAGCCAGGAGAUCAUUGUAUGUUUCCAUUUGUGCAUUUCUGUUUUGCAGAGCGUCAGCAGUGGUGUAUAAUUUAAUGUUAGCGUGGCCGAAGUGGAGGGUGCAACUUUUAUCCCUAAAUAUGUAAUGGAGGUGGUCCUCCAAUCGAAUUUGUAUGUGGUACGGAGGGAGUCUGCUAGGGUUUUCGGCAGGUUGAUGGGUAGGACUUGGGUUUUGUCUUGAUUCAGUUUAUAGUAGGAGACUCUUCCGAAUUGUCGUAUGAGUUCCAGCAUAUGGGGUAGGGAGCGGGUGGGGUCUGUCAAUGCCACGAAGAUGUCAUCAGCAAAGAGGGCAGGCUGUACAUCUUGUCUCGUAUAGGAAUCCCCUGUAUGUCGGAGUGUGAUCUGAUUUUACAUGCUAGGGGUUCCAGGGCCAGUAUGUACAGAAGGGGGGAAAGGGGGCAUCCCUGUCGGGUACCAUUUGUGAUGGAGAAGAGGUUGGACAGGAAGCCUCCAUGAGAGACCUUGGCUGCUGGUUUGUGGUAUAGUGCCAUUAUACUUUUAAUUGUAGAAUCAGGAAAAUUAAAUUUGUGCAGAGUUUUAGCCAUGUACUCCCAGUUUAGUCGGUCGAAGGCCUUCUCCGCGUCAAGUUCGAGGAAGAGGCCCUUCGAACCACCAGUGUCAAGUGUUGACAACAUGUUCAGAAUUUUCCUGGUGUUGUCAGAGCCCUGACGGCCUUUUAUGAACCCCAACUGGUCAUUGUGUACCAGUUUGUGGAGGAGAGGGGCCAGCCGGUUGCUGAUGAGUUUAGCAUAGAUUUUGGCGUCUCCGUUAAGUAGGGAGAUGGGCCUGAAAUUUUGACACUGGGUGGGGGGUUUGCCAGGUUUAGGGAGGGUGGAUAUAUGGGCCAGCAGCAUCUCAUCUGGUAAUGCGCCUGCAGUAGCACAGUUGUUUAGAAGAUUUAGGAGGUGUGGCGUGAGGAUGUGUGAUAAUUUCUGGUAAUAUGCAUUCGUAAAGCCAUCGGGGCCUGGGGAUUUGUGGGCUGGGAGUUGCGAUAUUACAGCUGUGAGCUCGUCUAGGGAGAAUGGUUGUUGUAGCAGGUCUAGGUCAUCGUUUGUUAGUGUCGGUAAGUCAAGGCCUGUCAAGAAAACCGUCAAUGUCAUCAUGGGUAGGUAAGAACAUGUUGGGGUCAGUUUUGAGAUUAUACAAUUCACCAUAAUAUUUCGCAAACAGAUCUACAAUACUUUGUGAGUUCAAAGUCUUCUUUCCCUUAUUAUCUACUAGGAAGGCAAUCCUGGAGGCGACACAUCUCUCCUUUAAUUGUGACGCUAAUUUGGCGCCUGCUCUAUUUCCGCUGGCAAAGAAGUUAUGUUUAGCUUUGCAUAACAGAUAUGUUGUUUUGGCUAAUUCCAUGUUUUUCAAUUGGUUUUGGAGGGCUAGUAGUUUUUUGCAGGUGGUCCUGCUUGGGUCUUGUUUGUUGGAGUGUGUCAGCGUAGUGAUUUCUGCUACCAGCGAGUUAUAGUUUGCUAACCUAAUUUUUUUGGCUCUACUGGCAUGUUUUAUAAGACUACCCCAUAUGACCGCCUUAUGUGCUAGCCAGAUCUGUUCUAUGGAUGAGUCAUGUACCGUGUUUACAGUGAAAUAGUGUUGGAGGUCUGUAGUGAUCUGUGCCACUAUGGAGGGAUCUGUUAACAGGGAUUCGUUUAGCCUCCAAGUGCCUGUCCCUUUAUUGGGGAAUGUUUCUUUCUGACAUAUGCAUGGUCAGACCAUGACAUUGUUCCAAUAGUAGCUUCUUCUAUGUUAGGCAUGAAGGUGACGGGGAUAAGAAAGCGGUCUAUACGGGAGUAGCUAUUGUGUGCCACUGUAUGGCAUGUGUAGUCCACCUCCGUGGGGUGGAGGAUAUGCCAUGGGCCCACCAAGUGGUUAGAGGCUAGUGUGGCAUUUUGGCUGCUAGAGCUGCUCUUUGCCGUAAGGUGCUUCGUGAGUGCCCCGCAGCAGUGGACGAGUCAGACUCGCUAUCUAGUAAGAAGUUCGUGUCGCCUCCAAUAAUUACCUCCCCAUAUUUAUACAUUUCAAGUAAGGCCAGGGUCGAGGUUAAGAAUUCAUGUUGGUUCUCAUUAGGUCUGUAAAUAUUGACUAACGUGUAUGGGUUAUUAUUAAGAAGGCAUUGCAAAAUCAGGUAGCGCCCUUUUCUAUCAUUUAUCUUGCGAACCAGAGAAAAUGCUACAUCCUUACUUAUUAAGAUGGAAACACCCCUUUGUUUGGCUGUAUAGCAGGUGUGAAAGUUGUGGGGGAACCAUUUGGAGGUAAAUUUAGGUCUAUCUUUCCACCUGAAGUGCGUCUCCUCGAAGAACGCCACUAGGGCACCACUUUUCCUAGCCUCCUGUGUGGCCAACCUGCGUUUGUUCGGGGAGUUGAUCCCUUUCGUGUUUAGGGACAUAAUUUUAAUCACCAUAAUGUAUUUGUAUGGUUCGCUGUACUCUUAAAUAUGAAGGACCCAGAGUUUCGUUGUAAGUUGGGUACGGUACAAUUCGUGGGUAUACUCACAAGGGAUGGGGGGGGAGCAACAGGGCAAUAACUAUAUACAGUAUUCCGUGUGUCACCACGUGGGGACAUUGGGUUGCGUAGGGCAACGGACAAGUAUAGCUCCUAAGAGCCUUAAGAGCCUUGGGGGUGGCCCACUUGGGGCAAAUUGUCACGUGACAGGGGUCAAGUCCUGGGGAAAAAAGUGUGGGAACUCACCCAAGAUUCCCGCCUCCCCCCCCCCUUAAAAAAAUAAAAUUAAAAAAAAUUACACUCCUAUGCAUAUAGUGCAGUGCAGGGUGUGUAUAAUGAAUGUAGUGUGUUUGUAGUGAAUGCAGAGUAUGAAUAAUAAAUGUAGUGUGUUUGUAGUGAGUGCAGUGUGAAUAAUAAUUGUAGUGUAUUUGUAGUGAGUGCAGUGUGUGUAUAAUGAAUGUAAUGUGUUUGUAGUUAAAGGACCACUAUAGUGCCAGGAAAACAUACUCGUUUUCCUGGCACUAUAGUGCCCUGAGGGUGCCCCCACCCUCAGGGUCCCCCUCCCGCCCGGCUCUGGAAAGGGGAAAGGGUUAAAAACUUACCUUUUUCCAGCGCUGGGCGGGGAGCUCUCUGCCUCCGUUCCUCCUCCUGGGCUGAAUGCGCACGCGCGGCAAGAGCUGCGCGCGCAUUCAGCCCGUCGCAUAGGAAAGCAUUUGCAAUGCUUUCCUAUGGACGCUGGCGUGCUCUCACUGUGAAAAUCACAGUGAGAAGCACGCAAGCGCCUCUAGUGGCUGUCAAUGAGACAGCCACUAGAGGAUUAGGGGGAAGGCUUAACCCAUUCAUAAACAUAGCAGUUUCUCUGAAACUGCUAUAUUUAUAAAAAAAUGGGUUAACCCUAGAAGGACCUGGCACCCAGACCACUUCAUUAAGCUGAAGUGGUCUGGGUGCCUAGAGUGGUCCUUUAAGUGCAAAUUGUGUAUAAUGAAUUUAGUGUGUUUGUAGUGAGUGCAGAGUGUGUACAAUGAAUGCAGUGUAUGUAGUGUGUUUGUAGUGAGUGCAGAGUGUGUACAAUGAAUGCAGUGUAUGUAGUGUGUUUGUAGUGAAUGUAGUGUGUAGUGAGUGCAGAAUGUGUAUAAUGAAUGCAGUGUGUAUAGUGAAUGCAGAGGGUGUAUAGUGAAUGCAGUGUGUUUGUAGUGAGUGUAUAGUGAAUGUAGUGUGUUUGUAGUGAGUGAAGAGUGUGUAUAAUGAAUGCAGUGUGUGUGAGUGCAGGAUGAUGUGUGUGUGAGUGCAGGAUGAUGUGUGUGUGAGUGCAGGAUGAUGUGUGUGUGUACAUGAUGUGUGUGUGUGAGUGCUGGAUGAUGUGUGUGAGUGUGGUGUGUGUGGUGUGGAUGAUGUGUGUAUGUGUGUGGUGUGUGCUGGAUGAUGUGUGUGUGAGUGCGCUGGAUGAUGUGUGUGUGUGUGCUGGAUGAUGUGUGUGUGUGUGAGUGCUGGAUGAUGUGAUGAUGUGAGUGCUGGAUGAUGUGUGUGUGUGCUGGAUGAUGGGUGUGUGAGUGCUGGAUGAUGUGCGUGUGAGUGCUGGAUGAUGUGUGUGUGAGUGCUGGAUGAUGUGUGUGUGAGUGCUGGAUGUUGUGUGUGUGAGUGCUGGAUGAUGGGUGUUUGUGUGAGUGGUGGAUGAUGGGUGUGUGAGUGGUGGAUGAUGGGUGUGUGAGUGAUGGCUGAUGUGUGUGUGAGUGAUGGCUGAUGUGUGUGUGAGUGAUGGAUGAUGUGUGUGUGAGUGCUGGAUGAUGUGUGUGUGUGCUGGAUGAUGGGUGUGUGUGUGCUGGAUGAUGGGUGUGUGAGUGCUGGAUGAUGGGUGUGUGUGCUGGAUGAUGGGUGUGUGUGCUGGAUGAUGGGUGUGUGAGUGCUAUGAUGGGUGUGAGUGCUGGAUGAUGGGUGUGUGAGUGCUGGAUGAUGGGUGUGUGAGUGCUGGAUGAUGGGUGUGUGUGUGCUGGAUGAUGUGUGUGGAUGAUGUGUGCUGGAUGUGUGAGUGCUGGAUGAUGGUGUGAGUGCUGGAUGAUGGUGUGUGUGAGUGCUGGAUGAUGGAUGUGUGUGUGUGUGCUGGAUGAUGUGUGUGUGAGUGCUGGAUGAUGUGUGUGUGAGUGCUGGAUGAUGGGUGUGUGUGUGCUGGAUGAUGGGUGUAUGAGUGCUGGAUGAUGGGUGUGUGAGUGCUGGAUGAUGGGUGUGUGUGUGAGUGCUGGAUGAUGGGUGUGUGUGUGAGUGCUGGAUGAUGUGUGGGGGGGGGGGAGCAUUUUUUUUUAAACUUUAUGUGUAUGUAUAUUUGUUUAUUUUAUUCCCCCCUCCCUGCUUCUUACCUUGUCAGGGAGGGGGGAGAUAGCCUGGUGGUCCGGUGGAGGGAGCCAGCCGCUCGCUGCACAGAGGGGCCAUCACACGCUGUGUUCCCUCUCCAGCUCUAACUCUCGCGAGACUCGCCUGUGCGGAGCGUUGCCAUGGUAACAGCCGCGGGUCUCGCGAGAUUUAUAGCUGGAGAGGGAACACAGCGUGUGCUGGCCCCUCUGUGCAGGUAGCAGGGCCGGUCCUGCAGGACAGGUAACGGGAACGGCGUUCCUGCUUUGGAAAAAGUGCAGGAACGCCGUUCCCAUGCGUUCCUGCAGGACUCGAGCCCUGGUAUGUGAUCUAUAACAGUGCUGGGUUCAAACAAAGCGAGUCCGGGUGGUACUCCACCCGGUCGCGGCCUGGGUUAGGGGCUUUUAAACGACAAUACGAGAAUAGAUUACAAGGGGACAAGUAAUUUAAGUAGAACUAUAGAACCUGUACUUCCAGUCCAUUCGGUUUUCACCGAUCUUGCUAUGAUCUGGUAGUUCCUUCAUGUUGGAGAGGUUCUGCGGUCUGUGGGUGUGCGCUGAGUUUUCGUUGUUCGUUCCGAAUCUUUGGUGAGAGGUUUUGGUGCCGUUGUCUGUAGUGGUCCUUUAGGACUGCUGGCCUGCAACGGAAUAUUCCAUUCCUGGAGGAUCCUCUUUCCAUCGUCUGGGCUAAGUAUUGGUUUGUCCACACUAUUCCGUUUGAUUAAUAACUUUGUUGGGGAACCCCACUUGUAGGGUACAUUUGCCGCUCGUAGUGCUGCAGUGAUGGGCGCAAAUGUGCGACGUGCAAGCAUGGUUGUUGAUGAGAGGUCUAUGAAAAGUUUAAUGUCAGUGUAGGAUUCCGGCCAAUGACCUGCCAUUCUGGCAGCUUGCAUGAUGCGGUUCUUGAUUGGGUUGUAGUGGACCCUUGUGAUGGUGUCUCUUGUUGUGUCAGAUGGGAGAUGUUUGGGUUUGGGGAGAUGGUGUGUCCUUUCCAGGAUCAAUUCUGUAUCCGUCAGCGAGGGGAUAAGCAUCUUAAAUAGAUCUUGCACAUAACAGGUUAAUCCUGUCUGUGUAACAGAUUCUGGGAUACCUCUUAUGCGUAUGUUAUUCCUUCGGCUUCUGUCCUCUUGAUCUGCAACUUUCCCUUCUAGUGCUUUUAUUUUUUGUGUUAGGGAUGCGUAGGCCUCUGCCAUGGAGUUGUGUGCAUCAAUUAAUUCCUCUGUGCGCUCUUCCAGGCGCGCAGUGCGUUCCCCUAUGCUGUUGAUGUCUGACCUGAUGUCUGCUGCCAUUUGCUGCAGGUCUGCUUUGAAUGAUGCUUUUAGUUCUUGCAUGAUUGAUCUUAUAAAGGAGUUUGUCGCCGGGCUGUCCUGGCUGUGUCUACUAUCCCCUGCUUCAGAGUCGCAUGUUGGGGAUUUGGGCCUAUCGGCGCCAUCUUGCUCACCAUGCUCCAUAACUUGAUUCCUCUACAGGUGGGCAUGCAUAGUUUUUGUUUCAUUUUUUUUUGCGGUUUCGUCACCAUCGGGUGGGAGAUUAGUUCCCCUUAUUAUUGCUAUGUUUGGCCGGUAUUUCGUCGGUUACUCCACGCUGUGGUAGCUGCGGUACCGGAGGAGCUCCGGUCUCACACGUCCGCUCACAUGCGCGGUCAGGACACGCCCCCCUGUUGCCAUGUUUUUAUUGAACACACCAUGUAAACAUUCACAGUGCAGGUGGAAAAAGUAUGUGAACCCUUGGAUUUAAUAACUGGUUGAACCUUCUUUGGCAGUAAUAACUUCAACCAAAUGUUUCCUGUAGUUGCAGAUCAGACGUGCACAACGGUCAGGAGUAAUUCUUGACCAUUCCUCUUUACAGAACUGUUUCAGUUCAGCAAUAUUCUUGGGAUGUCUGGUGUGAAUCGCUUUCUUGAGAUCAUGCCACAGCCAGUGGCGUACACAUGACCCAUGGGGCCCCGGUGCAAUUAUUGAUCCGUGGGCCCCCCCCCCCUGCGCGCGGGCCGGGUCGCAACACAUGGCGGUGGGCACCUGGUCGCAGGGGUUACAGGGCUGCGACCCCUGCGACCGCGGUAUGUAUGCCAGUGCAUGCAGAUGCACACACACUUAAAGGACCACUACAGACACCCAGAUCACAUCAGCUCAAUGAAGUUGUCUGGGUGUCAGGUCCCUCUAGUUUUAACCCUGCAGCUGAAAACAUAGCAGUUUCAGAGAAACUGCUAUGUUUCACUGAGGGUUAAUCCAGCCUCUAGUGGCUGUCUCACUGACAACCGCUACAGGAGCACACUGAACGUCCAUAGUAAAGCAUUGAGUAAUGCUUUCCCAUGGGCGGUUUGAAUGCGUGCGCGGUCGCAUUCGGAGCUGAGGGAUACCCAGCGCCAAGGGAGUCCGGCGCUGGAGAAAGGUAAGUGCUGAAGACACACACACUCUCACUUACAGACGCAUACACACUAGCUAACAGACACACACAUUUACUGACAGAGACACACUCACUUACAAAACAUACAAAACAUACACUCAUUGACAAACACACAUUCACUAACAGACAUCAAACAGACUCACUAACACACACACACACACAGUAACACACUCACACAAACACUCACACUAACACUCACACUAACACUCACUCUAACACUCACACUAACACUCUCACACACACACUCUAACACUCACACUAACACUCACACUAACACUCACACUAACACUCACUCUAACACUAACACUCACACAUGUUGUGUUUUUUUAAAUGUAAUCCCCCCAGCCGCCUUACCUUUCAGAGUGCUGGGGGGAUUCCCUGGGCUGGCUGGCUGGCGGGCUGUCUGGCUGGCGCGCGAGGGAGCUUCCUCUUCAGCUCCCUCGCGCGCCGCGUAGGGAUGACGGCGCCGGAAGAUGACGUCAUCUUCCAGCUCCGGUAUCAGUGCGGUGCGUGAGGGAGCUGAAGAGGAAGCACUGAGUGCUCCCUCGCGCGCCCGCCUGCCCGACCGGCCACCCGCCUUCCGGGUGACACCAAGGCCAGCCUCGGGGGGUCCUGGGGUGGUCGGCUCCUGGGCCCCCCAGGAGAAGAGGCUGGCCCAGUGGGUACACACCGGGUCGCAGGGGCGGCCGGGCCCCCUGGUGGGCCGGGCCCGGUUGCAGCCGCGACCCCUGCGAUCCUGGUAUGUACGCCACUGGCCACAACAUCUCAAUCAGGUUAAGGUCAGGACUCUGACUGGGCCACUUCAGAAGGCGUAUUUUCUUCUGUUUAAGCCAUUUUGUUGUUGAUUUAUUUCUAUGCUUUAGGUCAUUGUCCUGUUGCAACACCCAUCUUCUGUUGAGCUUCAGCUGGUAGACAGAUGGCCUUAAGUUCUCUUGCAAAAUGUCUUGAUAAACUUGGGAAUUCAUUUUUCCUUCGAUGAUAGCAAUCCGUCCAGGUCCUAACGCAGCAAAGCAGCCCCAAACCAUGAUGCUCCCACCACCAUACUUCACAGUUGGGAUGAGGUUUUGAUGUUGGUGUGCUGUGCCUCUUUUUCGCCACACAUAGUGUUGUGUGUUUUUUCUUCCAAACAACUCAACUUUGGUUUCAUCUGUCCACAGAAUAUUUUGCCAGUACUGCUGUGGAACAUCCAGGUGCUCAUUUGCAAACUGUGAACAUGCAGCAAUGUUUUGUUUGGACAGCAGUGACUUCCUCUGUGGUAUCCUCCCAUGAAAUACAUUCUUGUUUAGUGUUUUACGUAUUGUAGAUUCGCUAACAGGGAUGUUAGCAUUUACCAGUGACUUUUGUAAGUCUUUAGCUGACACUCUAGGAUUCUUCUUCACCUCAUUGAGCAGUCUGCGCUGUGCUCUUGCAGUCAUCUUUACAGGACGGCCACUCCUAAGGAGAGUAGCAGCAGUGCUGAACUUUCUCCAUUUAUAGACAAUUUGUCUUACCGUGGACUGAUGAACAGCAAGGCAUUUGGAGAUACUUUUAUAACCCUUUCCAGCUUUAUACAAGUCAACAAUUCUUAAUUGUAGGUCUUCUGAGAGCUCUUUUGUGUGAGGCAUCAUUCAUAUCAGGCAAUACUUCUUGUGAAAUGCAAACCCAGAACUGGUAUGUGUUUUUUAUAGGGCAGGGCAGCUGUAACCAACACCUCCAAUCUCAUCUUAUUGAUUAGACUCCAGUUGGCUGACAUCUCACUCCAAUUAGCUCUUGGAGAUGUCAUUAGUCUAGGGGUUCACAUUCUUUUUCCACCUGUACUGUGAAUGUUUACAUGGUGUGUUCAAUAAAAACAUGGCAACAUUUCAUUCUUUGUGUGUUAUUAGUUUAAGCAGACUGUGAUUGUCUAUUGUUGUGACUUAGAUGAUGAUCAGAUCACAUUUUAUGACCAAUUUGUGCAGAAAUCCAUAUCAUUGCAAAGGGUUCACAUACUUUUUCUUGAAACUGUAUAUAUAUAUACAUAUAUAUAUAUAUUAUUUUUUAAUUUAUUUUUUAUUAUUUUUUUAAUUUUAUUUUUUAACGUAUUUACAUAUAUAUUUAUUGUAUAUUAUAUAUAAAUAUAUAUAAUUAUAAUGAUAUAUAUUUAAUCAAUAUAAUUCUGUGUAUUUUGAUAUUAAUAAAUAUAUAUAAUUAUAUAUAUUAUAUAUAAUAUAUAUAAUUAUAUAUAAUUGUAUAUAUUAAUAUUAAAAUACACUUAAACAGUGUAUGUGUAUUUAUGUAUCUCCAUCUUUCACUAUUAGCUUUUAUUUUAAUAACAUGUUCAUCAUUUGUUAAUUUAAAUCUUUAUUCAUUUCUACCUUCACUUUACUUUAUUAUAUUAAUAUUCAAUUUCUAUCUCUAACACUACUUAUCACUCACCCAUGCACCCAGACAAACACAGAAAAAAUUCCUCUUUCUCCUUUUCUUUUGUUGUUCCCCUACCUCAUUUUACUUUCCCUUUUUACAUUUUAAACUGUUUUAAACUUUUAUUAUUUUUUUUACAGGCAGCAGAGGGAGUACCUGUCAUUACAGGAACUACCCCUGCUAGCAUUGCUGUGGAUGGCUAUGCCGUCCAUGUGAUCGUGAGGUCCUUGCAAGGACCUCGCGAUCACAUGGCCCAGGAGGGCCGGAUUGUCAUACGGGGGACUCCCUGGGAUGCCAGGUAAGUCCCCCCACCGCGAUCGCCGGCGUGGGAUCACCGGCGACCGGGUAAGUAAACAGGACAGCGGGGACGUGCUAUGCUGCCCCCGGCGUUUAGAGCCAGGUCCCCAAGGACGGCAUAGCACGCCUGCCGUCCAUAAGGGGUAAUUCUGUAAUAGGUUUCAGCACUGUAGGCUCCUCCCCCCCUUUCUUUAGAACAGCUAGGCAUGUCAAAAAAUGGGACAUAUUUAAAAUCUGUCUUCUUUCAACAGAUUUUGCACAGGACUAGUCCUCUUUAAGAAAGAACUUAAGAGGCCUACCAUUGAAAUGCAAUUUGGGUAGCAGAGUCAACUGCCUCAAGAAGAGGUAUGCUCUUGGCUUUUCUAUUCAAGGGUCAUCAUUGGCUCAUAGCACCAGGGGGACAAGUUUACAGUGUCCACAGCUAAGACAAGCAAGAGGUCAUCUUGACAGUAGCACAGCAACAACACCUACUUGCCCCUGGUUAUAAUGUUGUCUUUGUUUUCUCUCCCUUAAUAGCCCCAGUGUCUGCCUGAGGUCGGAUUAAGCAAAAUAAUUAACAAAUGAUAAUUAUAGUACUGUGUUGCCUGUCAAUAAUAAUUUCAAAAUUGCAUAGAGUACAUUCAGCUGACCAAUGAACACUAGGAACCUGUGUCCUUUUAGGAUGCCAAAUCUCCCUGCGUCAUUUCCAAAAUAUGCCUGCCUGCCUCUUCCCUGUCAGUAUUGCCUGUGUACCAUUUGGUGUCUGAGGAAUGAUGCAGGCCAAUUAAAGAAUUCCCAACGCUAUAUAAGCACUCCCUCUUGUCCUCACCUUUGUCCUGUUGUGUUUUCCCUCGUGGUGAAUCCAACAAUGCAUUUAUAUUCCUGUAUCUGAUUCCUGUUUUUUGACAUUUGGCUUGUAUUUGACUAUCCUUUCUGUAAUACCUGUCCUUGGCUCAUAUACUCGAAAUUGUUGUAUUUUACUGUCCCAGACCUUGGUUUGCUCUUGACCAUUUUACCUUUUCUAUUAGUGUUAAGCCACUCAAAGGUCUGGUAAUGCGUCUAUAUUCAUUCUUUGUUUUUCGUUUAUCUUGGUUCUGUGUCUAGGACCUGAUGGUAUUGUGACAUUAUGACAGGGCCAUGGACCCUGCAAGCAGUGGCAUACACACAAUCCAUGGGGCCCCGGUGAGAAAAUUGAUCUGUGGGCCCCCCCUCUGCCCGGUGCUUACUCUGCACGGGCCUGGGCCGCUACACAUGGCGGCGGGCACCUGGUCGCAGGGCUGUGACCCCUGUGACCGCGGUAUGCAUACCAGUGCAUGCAGAUACACAUACACUUAAAGGACCACUAUAGGCAUUCAGAUGCCAGGUCUCUCUAGUUUUAACCCUGCAGCUGAAAACAUAGCAGUUUUAGAGAAACUGCUAUGUUUCACUGAGGGUUAAUCCAGCCUCUAGAAGCUGUCUCACUGACAGCUGCUACAGGCGCUUCCACUUGAAGUAAUGCUUUCCUAUGGGCGGUUUGAAUGUGCGCGCGGCUCUUGCCGCGCAUGCGUAUUCGGAGCUGAGAGGGGUUGAGAGAUCCCCAGCACCAAGGGAGCCCGGCGCUGGAGAAAGGUAAGUGCUGAAGGGGUUUUAACCACACACACACACUUUCACGAACAGACGCAUACACACUAGCUAACAGACACACACAUUUACUGACAGACACAUACUCAGUGACAGACACACAUACACACUCACUUACAAAACAUACACUCUCACUGACAAACACACACUCACUAACAGACACCCACUAACCGACACACACUCAAUAACAGACACACACAAACUAACUAACACACAGUAACACUCACUAACACACUUACUGACACUCACUAGCAGACACACACAAACUAACACACUCACACACAUACACACUCACUUUUUUUUAUUUAUUUAAUCCCCCAGCCUCCCUACCUUUUGGGGUGCUGAGAGGAUUCCUGCUUUCCCUGGGGUCCUGCAGACGGCGAGGUAGCACUGAACGCUCUCUGCCCAGCUCUCGCGUGGCAGUUACUGAUGCUGGAGCCGGAAUUACUUCAUAUUCCGGCUCCAGCACCAGUGCGGUGUGCGUGAGGGAGCUGGGCAGAGAGCGCUCAUGGGAGAAUGCUCCCUCGCACGCGCGCCAUGUAACGCCACUGCCAGCCUCAAGGGGGCCCUGAGGUGGCCUGCUCCUGAGCCCCCCAGGAGAAGAAGCUGGCAAAAUGUGGCCACACUGGUGUACAUACCAGGUCACAGGCGGUAUUUAUGCCAGUGCCUGCAGGCUUAGGUCAGCAGAUAGCCUCAUGUGAGAUUAAGGUAGAGGAACUAGAUCAUAGUAUGGAUCAAUUCAGGCUCUGCAGACAUUGCUUGCCAGAAUCACAUGUCUGCAGACAGACUGAUGUUGCUGGAGCCUCCCUUGUACAACCUGUAGUGUAGGGUCCCUCUGUUCACCUCACUCCUCCACAAAGGUAUGGAGUCGAUCCUCUUGAAUUCAGAGGAUUUUUGAAUCAAGUGAACAUGUCCUUCAGAAUGUCCCCUGGAUUCAUUCAAUCAGAUAGAGCCAAGAUUGAGUAUAUUAGGAAUUUGAGUUAAGAAUGGCCACUCUAAGGUCUGAAAAUAUGCAUCGAUUUGUUCACCAUUUAUUUUGGUGUGGUCAAAGCUCCGUGUGCAGAGCUGGUUGGUGUUUUGAUACCCUGACUGUGUGGGAUAGUUAUGGGUAUUUCUGUUUUUUUUUUAAAUUCUUUAUUUUUCUUGUGCAUGUAUAGACAGUUAACAUUUUCUUGCGGUGCCACAACAGCAUUGGCAAGCUAAUUAGAGAAAAUUGGUUUGACAUGGCAUGCGAUUUGACAGCACAUUUUCUAAUAAUAUUAGGCUAAAGCUGGAAAAGUUGUGUCACAAGAUGAGGUACAAUUUUAAACUAGAAAAAACAUCAGCAUUGAGUGAGUAUGAUUGGUAUGUGAGGUACAGUUCUCAAUGCAAUAUAAUUAAAUGAAAGGUAAACUAUUAAGCAUAGGUUAGAACACAUAAGGUUGGGGCUGGUUAGGGGCUGUCCCCUGUGUGUAGUGUUACCUAGAGGGUCUGAUGCUAGGUGUCCUCCGGACCCCUUCUUUGCAUUUCGACGUUUAUUCCCAGGGUUAGGUUAGGUGUCUGUUUAUGCAGGUCUGUGUGCCUGGGUAGAUAAGUGUUUCUCCACGGUGAGCGGGCAGCUUAGAUAGGUAAGAGCCCUAGAUUAAGCUUUCGUUUAAGUGAGUUCGCCUGCGCUAUUAUGGGUGUCCCCUCCACCUGUGCCAGCGCUGGUCGCCCUGUUAGUGUGGGUGAAGCAUCCGUCAGGUUAAAUCAUUCUUAAUAUAAAAAUAAAAAACAUAAGUUAGCUUGCUAUCCAGCUCGUCGGGUGCAGCGUGUGUCUUAUGUACGUUACUGACCUAAUGCUCUUUAGUUAUAAAGGGUCUGAGGUGAGGGGGCUCUACUGCUGGGGGUAAGGAGGGUCAUGACAGUGUGAGGGCUAUACCUGUUAAUAGGCAUCUAGUGCCCAGCUUAAUAUGUCGUAAGAAAUCUGUCCAAACGAGGAACAUAAAAUGUAAAACAGUAACGAGAGGCAAUUAAGGAAUCAUCCCAAUCAUGAUCAGUCCCGGUCAGAGAGCCGAUCUGCUGUGGGUCUUCGUGGGGUGAAUGGAGUGACCCUGCUUGGGUCUCAGUUGUGCGAGUGUCUGUUUGUGGGUUGCGGCUGUGGCUGUGUUAGAUAGUCCUGUGGGAGUCCUUAGGAGUGCGGCUGCAUCUCGCAGGUCCUGGAGAGGGUAAGUAGUCUCUCCAUGUGUCACUUGGAGCGUGCGGAGCAAGCGCCAGCGGUAUCCAAUGUUGCGCUGUUGGAGUAAUAAGGUGAGGAGCUUGAGUGACCGCCGCCAGGCCAUUGUGCUGCCUGAUAGGUCACUGUAGAAUUCUAAGGCCAUAUUUUCGAAGCAUUGGUUUGGUUUACCCCUGAGUGCCUUCAGGACUCCCCUCUUGUCUGCUCCGUUCCGGAAUUGAAUGAUCAGGUCACUUGAUGCGGUUGCUGGGGCCGGUUUAGGGACACGAAAAAGUCCGUCCAGGACGUUGCUUUGGCCUGUUUGGUGGCAGAAAGUCUCCCAUCAUUCUCCUUUUUAAGUCUGAUUCUCCUUUUUAGGCCUGAUUCUGCGGUUGGAGGUCCUGUACCACCUGCUCCAGCGCCUGUAUCAGCUGGGAGUCCUGGUGAGCAGUUAAUUCUAUUGUUCCGAUGCAGUCUGUCAGGCCCUGCAGACACCCUCGUAUUGUGGCAAUGUCAGCUUGUAGGGUGGUUUGUAGUUCCGCAAGGAGCCCCUUCAGGACCGAGAUUGUGACUGGGAAUGUGUCCAGUUCUGUCUGUUUUGGCAGGGUUUUUGCCGGUGUGUGCAAGAAAGUCACAUCCUCCUCUGAGGCCAGGUCAUCCGAGAGAUCGGAACAGCUGCCUGACAAUGCGGCCAUCUUGGGCCCGCACGUGCCAUGUGCCUGGCGCCAUAAUUCUGCGUAUUUCUGUUUUAUGCUCAGCUUUGUGUGUUGUAUCUCUGUAUGGUUAUCUCUGUAGUCUACCCAACUCUGUGUAUUUUAUGGGUAUCUUUGUGUUGUGCCCAGCUCUGUGUUUCAUAUCUUCAUAUUAUACUCAGCUCCAUUUAUUAUAUUAGUAUCUCCUUAUUAUACUAGUUUUUUUGUAUUGUACUGCAUAUGGUGUAGGUAUCUAUAAAUUGCAUGGUCACAAAUUCUGCCAUUGUUCUGCUGACUGGACACCCUCUUGAUACACCUAUGGUCUCCUGGGCAUCCUCUGUACUUUCUGAUAUCAGUCUGGCCAUAAAAACUGCUACGGCUCUGCCUCCUUGUAUUGCUCAUGUAAUAUCUGCAAAUCACAUGUUUCUAGCAUGAUGAUGCCAUCGGCUCAACACAGCAUAUCUGCAUUCCCACUGUAGAAUUAUGAUGCAGGCCAACUGGAGAGUUUCUGUUUCUCUUGAUUUGUUUGUUGAUUAUGUUGUGGUGUCCAUUUUGGUUAUCGGAGAACGUGCUGUUUAUACAUUUGAUUUCUGGCUUAUUGAUCACUGCUUGUCUCUGUAGGUUAAGAUCUUUCUGAAUUCUGUUUUCCUGACCAUUGUUUUUUUUAUUUUUUUUAUUCUGUGUACCUCUAUAAUCCUUGACUUUUGGCUUGUAUCUUGACAUUGCUCAUUCUCUGUAUUUUGUAUGUUAAGCCUUGACACUCUAAGGUUUGGUAAUAAUUAUUUGUCUAUUUUCCUUGUCCCGUGUGACUAUUCUGCUUGUUGGGUGAUGUCCUUUCCAGACCUCACUUUGAGUGAUGGAUGGACAUCUCUGUAUUAUACCUAGCUCUGAGUAUUGUAUGGGUAACCUUGUAAUGUAUUGGGUUCUGUAUAUAAUAUGUGGACUACAAUUAGGGGUUUAGUGCAUGUGGUCAGAUUCCACAGAUCAUAAGAUGGAGGCUACAAAGUUAAGGUGGAAUUCAUAUCCUGUGUGAUGAAUCUGGCACCUCAUUAUCAUAAAGCUUCGCCAGCCGUCACUUCUGGUAAUUUAGUUAAGUCAGUCUUAAAAUGUGACAUCUGUAUUUGCUGCUGGAUGAUGUACUAUAGCCUCUGUGUUUAUUAAUUUGUAAUGCAAAAAUAUAAUUAAAUAUCUCUCUUCAGUUAAUCUCUUCACAAAGUAAUAUUAAGUAUUAUUUGAUCAGAUAAGCUGUCCUUUGAUGCAGGUAAUCCAGAAAUAGUUUUCACUCAUGAAUCCUGACAUCAUGCUCCAGACAUCUUAGAAAUGCACCCUGGGGCCAUUUCAGACCUUGAAAUUGUGAAUGGUCUUACUGAACAAGUGGCCCUUAUUUAUUUAUUUAUAAAAUAUUUUACCAGGAAAGAUACAUUGAGAUUUCUCUCAUUUUCAAGUAUGUCCUGGGUCCACAAAUCAUUGCAUUGUUACAAUAAGGGUACAAUAAAAUUCAAAAACAAUAUUAAUACACAAUAAAUACAAAAUUUAACAUAGAACAGGCAGGAAAUAUAUAAUCAACCAUGACAGGUGCAUUCUGUUUUGAGGUAUGUAGAGAGGGAUCUCUUAAAGGACUUUAGGCUUAGGGAAGAUUUUAAAUUGUGCGGGAGGUCGUUCCACAAUUGCAGUGCUCUGUAGGAGAAGGAGGAUCGGGCUGCUUACUUUUUGUAUUGAGGUAGACUAAGUAAAGUGUUGGUACUGGAUCGGAGGUUAUAGGAAGUGGGAAUAGCUGAGGAAAACAUUGUGUUCAGGUAGGGUGGGAGUUUCCCAGAAAAGCUCUUAAACACAAGGCUAGAAAGAUGAGGAGUGCGUAUGGAUUCCAGCGACAGCCAGUUUAGUUAUUUUAGCAUGUCACAAUGGUGAGUCCUGUAAUUACAUUGUAGCACAAAUCGGCAGAACGAGUUAUACAAUGUGUUGAGUUUAUUAAUGUGGGAUUGCGAUGCAGAUGCAUAUACUACAUCCCCAUAAUCAAUGAUAGGCAUCAGCAUUUGCAGUACAAUCUUUUCCUUUACUGUAGGGCUAAGGCAGGAUUUGUUUCUGUACAGGGCACCUAGUUUUGGAUAAAGUUUAGAUGCAAGCUUUUCUAUGUGCAGGCCAAAAGAUAGAUUGGGGUCUAACAUCAUACCCAAGUAUUUGAAAGAGUGGACUGUGGUCAAUGUGCCAUUUAAAUUUGUUUUGAUGGAUAGGUGGGAAUUGUAUAAUUUGUGUAAUUUAGGUACUGUUCCAAAGAUCAUUGUGACAGUUUUGUCAGUGUUCAGGAAGAGUUUGUUUUUUGUGAUCCACUUUUCUACCUCUAUAAACUGGUCUUGGAGCACAGCCUCAAGCUGCGGUAGAUUGGAAUUGCUUGCAUAGAUUACUGUGUCAUCUGUGUACAUGUGUACAUUUGAGAAUUUGCAGACAUUAGGCAGAUCAUUUAUAAAUAAUGUAAAUAGUAGGGAGCCGAGAAUGGAACUUUGGGGAACACCACAUGUGACUGGGAGGGGGAGGGAGUCGCUGUCAGAAAUGGACACAUAUUGCGAGCGAUCCGAUACAUACGAUCGAAACCAGUUUGGCGAACGAUCACUAAUACCUACGUUUUUGAGUUUGUGCAGUAGAAUGUCGUGGUCUACUGUGUCAAAGGCCUUAGCAAAAUCAAGGAAAAUAGCUCCAGUUAGGUCUCCUUGUUCCAUGCCAGUUUGGAUGUCAUUGCAAACUUUUAAGAGGGCAGUUGUAGUGGAGUGAUUCCGGCAAAAGCCCGAUUGAUCAGGGGUCAGAUAGUUUGAUUGUUGGUAGUACUCACUUAUGGACACAUUUUUCUAAGAUUUUUGACAAUACUGGGAGCAAUGAUAUUGGGCGAUAGUUAGAAACCAAAGUAGUGUCACCACUUUUAUGGAUAGGCACUACUCCUUCCAACCAAAGAGGACCUAAAGGGCACUAUAGGUACCCAGAGCACUGUAGCUCAUUGAAGUGUUCAUGGUGCAUAGUCCCAGGUCCCUUAACCCUGCAAGGUGAUUAUUGUAGCUUUUAAUAAACUGCAAUAACUACCUUUGGGGGUUAACUCCACCUCUAGCAGCUUUCUACCAGACAGUCAUUAGAGGCGACUUUUGGUCUCUAUGCAUGAGGACAUCCAGGGUCACCCGAAACCCCAUAGGAAUGCAUUUUAUAGUGCUGAGGGACAUCUGUGUUGGACUCAGGUAAGUGACAUAAAGUUUUUUUUAACCCUUUCUGCAACCCUGGGGGGGGGGGGAGUGGGAGGUGGACCAUUAACAUGACAUAGGGGGCACUAUAGGGAGCUAAGAAAAAAACUCCCUUCAAAGGAAUGUGUGAUGGACCACCUGCACCCCGACCGGGUACCUCCGUCAAUCGCUGCUUCCUAGUACUGAUGAGUACCAUAAGCACUGCACUGGAACACCAUAUCCACCGUAAACCCCAUGAACUGCCGCAGCUUGCUUGGGGUCUCAGCUUCCAGUGGGUAGGCCUCCCUUAGUGCCAAGAGCAUAGCAGGAACAUCAGGAAUGAUUAUACUCAGGGGAGUAUAUUGAUUAUAGCAAUCACCAGAGUGUAGUUCUGUAAUCCCCCAAACAUGAGCCAAGACUUCGUGAAGGUGCAAGAUGAUCUGAGCUUUAAUGGUUCAGGUUGGCUUUUAUACAAUUCUUCAGGCCAGAGGAACACCUCCUGGACCUGAUGGGGCACAGGAACACAUAGGACACAAACCAAUCAGAACAAACAUACAGUCUGUGACACUCCUAUGUACAGCACACAAUCCCUCCCCUCUGCUUGGGAGAAAAUUGAGUAAAGUCCUGUAAGUAACUCUAUUAUCUCCAGGCAGAAAAAACACAUUUUACAAAGUUCCCAGAAACAUAACAUAUCCCAUAAAUCACAUCCCCUGAUAGCCCUGAUCUGGGUGAGCAACAUAUUCAAAAAUCACCCAGAUCAGAGCAAGAGUUCAGAAAACUGUGCACAUGGUCCCACUCCCAAAACAGUUCCAGAGAAUUAGGGCUACCAGUCGGUCUCUCUGUCUGGAGUACAAAAGCAGUGGCGUCGCUAGGGGGGGGCCAGAGGGGGCCAUGGCCCCCCUACAUCAUGCUGUGCCCCCCCCUUGUCCCCCACCAAAUGCCAGCAACUUGCUGGCCAUGGGCUUCAAUUAUAUUCCCUUGGACUGUAACAGUGUGUGACAGCCCGAGGGAAUGCAGGACUGAGGUGCUGGGGGCUGUCUGUGGCUGGAUGGAGCACUGAUUGGCUCCCCAGCACAGGCCCUGCCCCCAAAUGAAGCCCCGCCUCCCACACAUAAGCCCCGCCCCCACCAUAAAGCAGCAGACCAUGCUGCUGCAGAAGAUGGCUGCCUGACCCCCAGCAACAGCCUCCAGUGACAGGUAGGCUGGGGGUGGGGUGUUCACACACUCUACACACACACUGCCCCCCAUACACACACACUGCCCCCCAUACUGCCCCCAUACACACACAUUGCCCCCAUACACACACACUGCCCCCCAUACACACACACUGCCCCCCAUACACACAUACUGCCCCCAUACACACUGCCCCCCAUACACACACACUGCCCCCCAUACACACACACUGCCCCCAUACACACACAUUGCCCCCAUGCACACAUACUGCCCCCCCAUACACCAACACUGCCCCCUGCCCCCCCAUACAGCCCCCAUACACACACUGCCCCCAUACACACACAGCCCCCCAUACACACACACUGCUCCCCAUACACACACACUGCUCCCCAUACACACACACUGCUCCCCCAUACACACACACUGCUCCCCCAUACACACAUACUGCUCCCCCAUACACACACACUCUACACACAUACACUAUCCCCAUACACACUGUUGUGGAAAUAAGGUCUACACAUAUUUCCUAGUUAAAGGAAAAUGUCUAUUUACUCAUCUCACACUAUGCUAUAGAGUUAAGCACACAUGUUUAAUCAAAAUGGCUGCUAGAAGCUUCUAACCCCUUCCUCCCCCUGCCCCUUUAAACACCGACUAACUACCUCGUGCAGCAAGAUGGCGCCGGGAAACCGUGGGAGACCCUCAUGGACCUGGUGACAUGAAAUAUUGACAUAUUUUUAGCUAGUAAAAUGUUUAUUUACUUCAUUUAGUUAUACUUAAUAUUAUUCAAUAAAUUACUAAACUGACCACUAGAUGUCACUCAGGAGUACCCCACCCAUCGACCAAACACUCUAAUUUUCAAGAUGGCGCUGGAAUCCUGGGGGAGAACUCCAUGACGACAGUAAUGACAUAAGAAGGCACACCCUGUAGGACGUGCUUUGAAUAAAACACUUAACACUUGACCAAUUAUUGAUGUAUUAUUCCAUGUUAUCUCUGACAAUGCUUAUGAUGUAAUUUUGCUUUAAAAGGGACCUGCCGUCCCCUCUGAAUAAACUUUCCUCAAGUUAUUCAACAACCUAGAACCUGUGUCUGGUGUGAAUUACUUCAGGGAGCGUGCACGCAUUGUUUCAUUGAUUUGGCCAGGGGCAGAUACACAAAGAAAUAAUCAAUACUUUAAUUGAUUUUUCCAUUUCAAUUGGCGCCAUAACGUGGGGCCCCCGGAUUUGCCGGUUCGGAGGGCCGGAUACCAAGGACCAGAGCGGACCCCCAGAAAAUGGGACAAGUGGAGCCUGAUCACCUCCAUAAUACAGCCGUUGCCUGUGUUAUUCUCCUGUUUUGUGUCGGUCUGUCUCCGAGUCCACUUCCGGCUUCCAGAAGGCUACUAGAGACAGGUAUUUAGCUCAUCCGGGGUACCUUUUUAAAGUGAACCUGUCGAUUGUCUAUCUGCCUCCUGUAUUUGUUUGAAUGUGUGUGACGGCCGGAGUGUGUGUUUUCCCCCUUUUUAAAAGACAAUAGCUUGACUGCCUAGCGGGCAGGGGACGCAUUACAGCCGGUGGGGCUGGGAUUUUACAGCCGGUGGGGCUGGGAUUUUACAGCCGGUGGGGCUGGGAUUUUAAGUUAGCUUGACUGCCUAGCGGGCAGGGAACGCAUUACAGCCGGUGGGGCUGGGAUUUUACAGCCGGUGGGGCUGGGAUUUUAAGUUAGCUUGACUGCCUAGCGGGCAGGGAACGCAUUACAGCCGGUGGGGCUGGGAUUUUACAGCCGGUGGGGCUGGGAUUUUAAGUUAGCUUGACUGCCUAGCGGGCAGGGAACGCAUUACAGCCGGUGGGGCUGGGAUUUUAAGUUAGCUUGACUGCCUAGCGGGCAGGGAACGCAUUACAGCCGGUGGGGCUGGGAUUUUGUUUGUUUAUUACUGUGCUCCCAUUAGUACUUGUGUUAUACUGGGACCAGCCUGGUGGGUGAAGGCUGAGGAUUGCUAUACUUCGAUUAUUUGGCACCGGUGUCAGUAACAUGUACAUGGCCAUUUUACUCUCUGUCAUUCUGUGGUUUUUUGUUUAAUUGUUGUUACAGUGUGGGUACCCUUGGUGUGUGUGUGUGUGUAUGUAUAUAGUGUGGCUAGUUCUGGAUUCUGGGGUUUACACUCAUCUCUAUGUUUGUGAUUUUUGCAAAUGUCUUCUCGUUAGUGUAACCACUUUCAUCUUUUCAUUUGUCCUUUAUCUCUCCUGUGUUUGUUGCCCAGAGCUGUGUUAGUCACCCACGCUCGCCCUCUCCGGUCUGUGGCCACCUCCCCCGGGUGCACAGACCAUCGUGACUAGUCAGUCGAGCACUGUAGACUUUCCUACUUCUUCUUCCCUCUCACUUGGUCUCCUUUACUUAGCAGACCUCGCUUGGUCAAAAAGGGGCUAGUACAUGCUAGACCAGCUAAGGGGUAUUUGGCUUGUGAUUUUGUUAAAGAGAGGGCAGGGGAAGAAGCUAUGCUGAAAAUGAAAAAGUUAGCAAAGAUUUCUGGUUUCCAAACGUAUAAAUCUCUGUCCUUCUGUCUUGUUACUUUACGGAGCUCACAUGGUUAAUCUUCAUGCCUGCAGUUUCUCUCUCUCCCCUUUUUGCACUGUCACACUUUCUCCCACCCCUACUCCCCGCUUGCCUACAUUUCUGCAUUUCGGAGCUACUGAUAAGAGUUAGAGAGAAAAUAUUCUAAUUGUGUAGUAUUGUGUACAUUGUUCCAUACAUAGACGUUGUCAGGCAGGUUAUGGAGCUAUAAUUGUGUAAUAUUAUUAUUAUUGUUGCCAUUUGCAUGGCGCCAACAGAUUCCGUAGUGCUAUAUAUAUAUUUUUAAAUUAAUUUUUGAGAUAAGGUACUGAGGAUUGUGGGAGUGACGAGCUCACAAGAUUGCAUUCAGUGUUGAAUACGGGAUUUAGGAAGGUGUAGCUUGUAGCUUGUUAAGGGGAAUAUGCGAUGUUGUUAUGUCUGUAUAAGAGGAGGAAAGUGAUUAAUGGUUAGAGGAUGUUAAGGGAAAUUGGUUGAAUUCCGUGAGUUUAUCUUGCUUCAUGUUAAAGUACAUUUUUUCAAUGGAUAGCUUUAUGGGCUGUUAAAUGCAUAAUGUUCUCAACUGUCUUAUUUAACCUGCCAGGUCUGUUCAUAGUUUAAUAUUUCAUUUUGCAGAACGGAAUGUUGCUUCUCUGACUUAUUUUAUUAGUUAUAAUAUGGUGUAUUGUUGAAAGUACGUCAGCCACCACCCUAAAGAUGGCGCCUAGUACAGAAGCAGGUUGACCCUGAAAGUCCCGUGACCUAUCUACAGUCACGGUUGCUUCUAAAGUAACGUCACUUCCGCCCUUACCAUGCCCACACCUCCUGUCUUCCUUUCCCACACCUAUCAUGGACGUCACCUCACUUCCUCCCUUGCUGUCAUUUCCUUCCCCGCCCCUGUCAUGGCUGCCUCCAUCAUGAGGCCUACCCCUAUCAUGCUCGUCCUAUUUAGAGACAUUACACUCUACAUAUUAUGAACUGAAACGUUAUAUUAACUAAAACAAUCAUGCCAUUUGUUUCCCUGUAUCAGAGAUGUGUCCGUGAUAUUUAAAAAAAAAAAAAAAAAGAGGUUGCUAAAGAGUCAUUUGCACCUGUGGUGUGACCUACAAAUGAGUUCUGUAGGGCACGAAUAUAAGAGCAUUACAGCUAAUUAUCCUGAUGAUUAUUCAUUAAUGCCUGUGUCUUGCAACAAGGGAUAUUGCAAAAUAAUGCAAGUUAUUUUAAACAUUGUAUCUUUACUUAAUAGAAUCUUGCUAGUUAAAAAUCGUAUGUUUACAGUAACAUCCUUUACGUUAAAUGACAUUCCUCCGCCUCCCUGUCCCCCGCCACCUUUACCUAUGCUUGCCUCUCGUCCCCUCUCCACCUCGACUGACCCCUCCCCAGUGUUACCCACUCACCCGUCUCCAUCCGCUGCCCCGCUCUCUGCCCUCUCGACCUUACUCACCCCACCGCCCCAGAUCCUCCAGACCCUUGUCCUCCCGCUGAUCCCGCUUCCCUUAUGCCUCCGGACCUCUCUUCUACCUCGUUGUCCCCUCCCCUCCCGACUGAUUUGCCGUCCCUAAUCUCUGCCCUCACUGCCCUGACCCAGUCCCCGUUACCACCCAUCCAACCCCUUCCCCAGUGGUACCCCCGUGCUCCUAUGCAGUCCAGCCACCCUCCCACUUCUACCCACCGGUACCAAGGACCCGACCAGGCCCAUUUAGAUUUACUGCAAUAGGUUACCGGCAAGCCUGUGUCAGCAACCCCUGCCAUGACCCCUCCUUUUUGUCAGACACCGAUGUCUCCUGUGUUGGGGUGGAUGAUACACCCCGCAGUAGCCCCCUCCCUACACUCCUGCAUGUUGGUUCAUACAUACUCACGUUUUGUUGUUUCUUCUACUUGUCCCAUUAACCUCUUGGGUGCUGAUGUUCUUUCUCGGCUCCAGGGUCCAGUUAACUACACCCUUAUCACAGACAGACACCACUGUACUCUGCUCACUCCCCAUCUUGUUGAACCUAACUGACAAUACAGGGAGUGCACGGGUCACACACGCCCCCAGUGCUCUGGAUCGUAUCCCCCAAGAACUUUGGUCCACCAGCCCGGAUGAUAUUGGACGCUUACAUGUACCCCCCGUCCUGGUCCAGCUCCUGCCUGGAGCACUUCCUCUUCGUAGACCUCAGUAUCCUCUGAAGUCACCACAAGCUGAAACCAUCACCAAACAAGUUGAGUCUCUGCUUGCCAAAGGUGCCCUCACCAAGUGCACAUCUCCAUGCAACACCCCACUUUUCCCUAUUAAAAAGCGAAUUGUUAAGGGCCAACCCGACCAGUACCGCAUGGUACAGGACCUCCGUGCUGUUAAUGAAGUAACCAUAAAGGACACUGCUAUUGUUCCAAACCCCCAUACUCAUCUGGAUGUUAUUCUACUUCAAUAUGUUGAUGACCUCCUUCUCUGUGCUCCUAAUUUGCUUAUUGCAGAGCGUGACUCAGAAGAUCUCCUAUGUUUCCUCGCUGCUGCAGGUUGCAAGGCCUCAAAAUCAAAGCUACAAUGGUGCCGGCCCUCUGUGGUCUUCUUGGGACAUUGCCUUUCCCAUGGCACCAAACAUCUAACCUCACAACGGGUGCAAGCUAUCCUGCAACUCCCAUUACCUGCAACUCAUCACUCUCUUCAUGCUUUCUUGGGACUCAUCACAUACUGCAGGUCCUGGAUACCUGAAGCAUCCAAACUCAUGCAGCCACUCUAUGGUGCCCUCAGGAGUGAGCCCUUUCAUCUCACUGAAGAAACUAUUAACUGUUUCCAUACUCUGAAAAGAGCCAUUGCUUCUGCACCUGCUUUGGGCCUACCCAACUACCAACUCUCUUUCAAUUUGUUUGUCUCUGAGAAAUCAGGACAUGCUUCCGGAGUCCUUACUCAGAAACAUGGGUCCAGACAACGGCCUAUUGGCUAUUUUUCCUGCAUGCUUGACCCUGUUGCAAGGGGCAGCCCCUCUUGCCCCCGUGCUGUGUUUGCCGCCAGUGCCCUCUUGGACAAGACUAAUGACUUUGUUCUUGGCCAUCACCUCACAGUGUUGGCCCCUCAUGACAUUAAUGCUAUCCUGCAACAAGUUCAACCCAAGCACCUUUCCUCCCAACGCCACCUCCGCCUGCAAACCUCCUUGCUUUUACCUGACAAUGUGAAACUCCAGAGAUGCCUUACCCUGAAUCCAGCCACUCUUCUGCCACUUCCCAAGGGGGGAAUUGUGUACCACUGGUAUAGCCUGGAUAUCAACCCAGAAGUUCUAGCAGAUCUGCAACUACCUGCACUUGCACCUCCACAUGAUGAACAAUCAGUGGCCCUACUCCACUGUGGUAUAGCCUGGAUAUCAACCCAGAAGUUCUAGCAGAUCUGCAACUACCUGCACUUGCACCUCCACAUGAUGAACAAUCAGUGGCCCUACUCCACUGUACUUUGUGGGUUAGGGAUGAAACAGGCCCUGAUAUGAACUAUGAGGCAGAAGUAUUCCAACUCAAAGAAAUCCAAAUUACCCUGACUGACUUGUUUUGGGACCUCACAGGUACCAUGCUCAUCUUAGUCCACCUCCCAGAGAGUGUGACACAUCUCUAUCACCAUUGGGAAACAUCUAUCCCACACAUAUCUCUCACCAGACCUCCCGACAUCUCGUGGAAAGACCUAGGCCCGAUGGCCAAGACCUGGAGUCAAAUGAACCAAGAACAACUGACUUCUAUGGGGACCAGCAAAAAGACUAUUAACUACUGUACAGCAGGGUACCCUAGGUACCACACAGACGUCUGUGAGGACCCACUCAUCAUAGACUGUGUCCCUGAUAUUUCCCCACUUAGCUGAUCAGGCCGCUAAGGAAGCAGCACGACAAGGAUGGGAAGUGGACAGAAGAGUGGCCACAGAUGCAGUACCCAUCUACACUAUGCAAACACUGCCUACGGAUCUUAGGUUUCUGAAGGAACAACGAGCUGCUGCUACUCCCCAGGAGAAACAAAGUUGGAAGAACAAAGGAGCUGUACUCCGUGAUGAUGUUUACACUAUCAAUCUCAAGUUUUGCCUACCCAGAAAUAUGUAUCCAGCGGUGGUCCAAUGGGCCCAUGGGCCAGCCCACCUGUCAAAACAUCUGAUGAACUCAUUGAUUGACAAGUAUUUUGAAGCACCAGGCAUCACUACCUUAACACAGAAUUACUGUAAAUCUUGUACUAUAUGUGCUAAAUGCAAUCCUGGAAAGAUUAUAAAGACUGCACCUAAUCAUCUAGCUAAACCACAAUACCCCUUCCAGAGGAUCCAGAUUGAUCACAUUCAGAUGCCAAAGAGUGGACGUUAUGAAUAUGCAUUGGUCAUAGUGGACAUGUUUUCAGGAUGGCCAGAGGCCUUCCCAGUGACUAAUCUCACCGCGAGGACUACAGCCAAGUAUCUCUUGACAGAAAUUGUUUGCCGCUAUGGAGUUCCAGAAGAAAUUGAAAGUGACCAAGGGACCUCCUUCACUGCCUCACUAACACGGGAAGUCUGGCCAGCACUGGGGGUGACCCUUGCAUUCCACACACCAUAUCACCCACAGAGUAGUGGUAAGGUAGAGCGCAUGAAUGGCACUUUGAAAGCCAGAAUGCUUAAAAUGUCACAAGAAACUAACAUGCCCUGGCCCGAGAGUCUCCCAUUAGCGUUGUUUAGUGUAAGGUACACUCCUAGGGGAAAAUAUAGCCUAUAACCUUAUGAGAUUUUGUUUGGUACAGCACCCAGGUUAGGUUGUUACUUUCCCCAACAGCUUCAGAUUCAGUCAGAUGCUAUGGUAGACUAUGUGACUGCCCUCUCACAUGCCUUGACCAAAAUACAUGCCCAAGUGUUUUCUUCUAUUCCAGAUCCUGAGUCAAAUACAGGUACACACAAGCUGCUUCCUGGUGAUUGGGUUAUGGUCAAGAAGUUUCUCAGGAAACACACCCUAGAACCAAGAUUUGAUGGCCCAUAUCAAGUGCUCCUGAUUACAGCAACGUCAGUUAAACUAGCCGGGAAGAGUUCUUAUACACGCCUCACAUUGCAAAAAAGUGCCUGCUCCAGAAGAGGCUAAUCUUGCUGAAAUAUGAAUUUAUUAUGUGUCUUGUGUUUUCUUAUGCUGCUACACUUUACCUGGGCCCAACAAGUGGCCAUAACCAAAGAUAAUCAUGUUUACACUUUUCUGGUACAAUUCCUCUAACACAGAUGUAGCUACAUACACCUUUGAUUACUGUGACAUAGUUGUUUGCACCUUUUCCACAAACACAAUAUGCAGCCAUAUACAAAGACAUACCUAGCAAAAAGGCUCACCUCACCAGACUGGGUAGGAACCACUCACAUGACUAUUAACACGUUAAAACCACAUAUUAAGACUCUACAUGACAUGGUAGCUAUAGCCAAUCCCACCUUUGAAGACACUAUGACAGUAGAGACUGGGUAUUCAGACACUAAUUUGUGGCUAGAAUGGAUGAGAUAUAACGCCAACUCACAUAAUAAGACUAAUUGUUAUGUAUGUGGAGGAGCCAGGCCCCAUCUGGGCACAGUACCUCUAAGCCUACCUCCUGAAGUAGAAUUAUGUGUUCUGAGUCUUUAUGCACAAUCCACCACCAACUCCUCAACAUGUGAAUCAUGGAAAAGGGUUUACCCAAUCACUCAUGGAUAUGUCAAGCCACCUGAUGGAGUCACCGUGUAUCCAGGUAAUUACACAUGUUAUGCUAUACCUAAGAAUACUGGUGUGUAUCUGGGCAGAUUCCCAUCUGGAUAUUGCUCAACCUACCAUAGCCCACCUGUGUCACUGCUAAUAAAUCAUGCAAAGACCAUUGGAGAUAUCUAUUGGUUAUGUGGUGACAGACAAUUGAGGUCCCAAUUAGCUGAGCAAUGGUGGGGGGAGUGUGCCCUAACCAAAGUCAUAAUGCCUAUCCACAUUAUUCCAGAUGGUAGUUAUAACACGUUAACCCUUACACAUGUACACUCUAGAACCAAACGAGGGGCUCCUAUCCGAGGGAGCUUUGACCCCCAUGUGUAUAUUGAUGCCAUAGGUGUGCCAAGGGGGGUGCCUAAAGAAUACAAAGCAAGAGAUGAAGUGGCUGCAGGAUUUGAAUCCCUAAUUCCAAUGAUAACUUCUAACAAAAAUGUCAAUUGGAUUAACUACAUUUACUAUAAUCAACAGCGCUUUGUCAACUACACUAGGGAUGCCCUACAGGGCCAGGCAGAGCAAUUACAAGCCACUACCCAAAUGACAUUUCAGAACAGAAUGGCCCUAGAUAUGAUUUUAGCUGAGAAAGGGGGUGUAUGUAAAAUCCUCCCUGAGACCAUGACAUGUUGCACAUACAUUCCAGACAACACUGGGCCCAAUGGUAAGGUGACUAUGGCCAUAGAGAAGCUAGAUAGUCUUGCAGACGAGCUAAAGAAAAAUUCAGGAGUCACUGACACUUGGGACAGAUGGUUUGGAUGGAUGAAUGGUUGGCAAAGGACCCUCUUCCAGGUAGGGACAGCUGUUCUUAUAAUGAUCAUCAUUUUCUUAUUUCUAACCUGUUGCGUACUCCCUUGCAUACAGAAGUACUUACAAAAAGCAGUAGAUAAGACUAUAGUUGACGUGACCCCUACUUUCCUACAUCAGGACGUCACAGACCUCGAAGAUGACAAGAUGACACACCACAUACACCCCUUCAAGCACAUCAGUUCAAACAGACAACUGCCUUUCUAUAGGGAUAGAGUAGGGAAAGUGUCUGUCUUGACAGGUGAGUCUCACAUGUGGAGAUGUAGUGGGCUAGCCACUGCGGGAUACCCGCGGAGUGAAGUGUUCGAUGCUUGUCAAGACAGAUAGGUUGCGGGCAACUAGGGACAUAUUAGGGACAGCAGCAGUUGUUAUGGUAAAUAGCCAUUUUAGGGGGGACUGUUGUGGAAAUAAGGUCUACACAUAUUUCCUAGUUAAAGGAAAAUGUCUAUUUACUCAUCUCACACUAUGCUAUAGAGUUAAGCACACAUGUUUAAUCAAAAUGGCUGCUAGAAGCUUCUAACCCCUUCCUCCCCCUGCCCCUUUAAACACCGACUAACUACCUCGUGCAGCAAGAUGACGCCGGGAAACCGUGGGAGACCCUCAUGGACCUGGUGACAUGAAAUAUUGACAUAUUUUUAGCUAGUAAAAUGUUUAUUUACUUCAUUUAGUUAUACUUAAUAUUAUUCAAUAAAUUACUAAACUGACCACUAGAUGUCACUCAGGAGUACCCCACCCAUCGACCAAACACUCUAAUUUUCAAGAUGGCGCUGGAAUCCUGGGGGAGAACUCCAUGACGACAGUAAUGACAUAAGAAGGCACACCCUGUAGGACGUGCUUUGAAUAAAACACUUAACACUUGACCAAUUAUUGAUGUAUUAUUCCAUGUUAUCUCUGACAAUGCUUAUGAUGUAAUUUUGCUUUAAAAGGGACCUGCCGUCCCCUCUGAAUAAACUUUCCUCAAGUUAUUCAACAACCUAGAACCUGUGUCUGGUGUGAAUUACUUCAGGGAGCGUGCACGCAUUGUUUCAUUGAUUUGGCCAGGGGCAGAUACACAAAGAAAUAAUCAAUACUUUAAUUGAUUUUUCCAUUUCACACACACACUGCUCCCCAUACACUGCAGCCCCAUACACACACAUUGUAAACACUCACACACACACUGCAACUGUUACACACACAUACUGUCCCACACGUACACUGCAUCCCUGACAUACACUGCCACCCUCACUCACACACUACAACCUUCAAACACACACACUCACUGCUCACACACUGUCCCCCUCACACACACACACUGAACCCCUUACACAUUGCACCACUCACACACACCACUGCUACUAUGCCCUACUACAGCCCCAUUUUCCAGCAGACCUCAGGUAAGUUGUCAAACUGUUCUUAAACGGUUUGACUACUUACUCUGGCAGGGGGUCCCGGCACUAUUGACACCAUAACCACUACACUAAGCUGUAGUGGUUAUUGUGUCUGGAUUAUUUCUUUAAAUAAUCUACAAGUGCCCCUCCCGAGAUCAGGCUCUGGAUCCGCCACUGCUCAGCAGUCUGUGUGUGUGUGUGUGUAUGGACUCAGCAGUCUGUGUCUCAACAGUCUGUGUGUGUGUGUGUGUAUGGACUCAGCAGUCUGUGUGUGUGUGCAGUCUGUGUGUGUGUGUGUGUGUAUGGACUCAGCAGUCUGUGUGUGUGUGUGUGUGUGUGUAUGGACUCAGCAGUCUGUGUGUGUGUGUGUGUGUGUGUAUGGACUCAGCAGCAUGUGUGUGUGUGUAUGGACUCAGCAGUCUGUGUUUGUGUGUGUGUGUGUAUGGACUCAGCAGUCUGUGUGUGUGUGUGUGUAUUUACUCAGCAGUCUGUGAGUGUGUAUGGACUCGGCAGUCUGUGUGUGCAUGGACUUGGCAGUCUGUGUGUGCAUGGACUCAGCAGUCUGUGUGUGUGUGUAUGGACUCAGCAGUCUGUGUGUGUGUAUGGACUCAGCAGUCUCUGUGUGUGUGUAUGGACUCAGCAGUCUGUGUGUGUGUGUGUGUGUGUGUGUGUAUGGACUCAGCAGUCUGUGUGUGUGUGUGUGUAUUUACUCAACAGUCUGUGUGUGUGUGUAUUUACUCAGCAGUCUGUGUGUGUGUGUAUGGACUCAGCAGUCUGUGUGUGUGUGUGUGUGUAUAUGUGUGCAUGGACUCAGCAGUCUGUGUGUGUUUAUAUAUGUGUGUAUGGACAUAGAGUCUGCGUGUGUGUGUGAAUGUGUGUGUACGGACUCAGCAGUCUGUGUAUGUGUGUGCGUAUGGACUCAGCAGUCUCUGUGUGUGUAUUUACUCAGCAGUUUGUGUGUGUGUGUGUGUGUGUGUAUUUACUCCAGCAGUCUGUGUGUGUGUGUGUGUGUGUGUGUGUGUAUGGACUCAGCGGUCUGUGUGUAUGGACUCAACCGUCUGUGUGUGUGUGUAUGGACUCAGCAGUCUGUGGUAUUAUGGACUCAACGGUCUGUGUGUGUGUGUGUGUGUGUGUGUGCAUGGACUCAGCAGUCUGUGUGUGUGUGUGUGUGUGUGUGUGUGUGUGUGUGUGUGUGUGGACUCAGCAGUCUGUGUGUGUGUGUGUGUGUGUAUGGACUCAGCAGUCUAUCAAUAAUUAAAAUUCCUGUGAGUUGUUGUGUAGGAAGGGCCCCAGUGCAUUGCUUUGCCCAGGGGCCCUUAACUCUGUUAAAAUGGUACUGCUUGUGUGUGUCAGUGAGCUUCCAUUUAGUGAGCAUGUGUGUGUCAGUGAGCUUGUCUUUAGUGAGCUUGUGUGUGUCCUUUAACUUAUUUGUAGUGAGCCUUCUGUUUAUACAAGUGACUGUAGUAAGCUUGUGUGUGAGUCAGAGAGUUUUGUCUGUCAGUAAGCCUAUUUGCGCAUGUCAGUGAGCUUGUGUGCUUACUGUACUAUAUAUAUAUAUAUAUAUAUAUAUAUAUAUAUAUAUAUAUUGACUUGUAGGAAUGGCAUACAUUUUUUUUCCAGGGCUGCUUUGGAUUCCCAGGGAUUCCCAGUUUGGCUCUGCCAGCGAGUGCACUUUACCGCUGAAUCAUCUGUGUGAGCUGCAGCACACUUUAGCCCUGUUACACGCGUCUGGGAGCUGCUGUUGACAGGUACUAGUAGUCUAGAGAUUGGGACAUGGGGUAUAUGCUCAGCUAUCUGUAUAAUACAGAUCUGUGUGUAUAUAAUAUCCCGGGAUAGUCAGUGUUUCCUGUAUAGUGCUGCUCUCUGUAUAAUACAGGCCUGUGCCUGUAUAAUAUCCCAGGACAGUCAGUGCUCCCUGUAUAGUGCUGCUCUCUGUCUUGGGAUAUUAUACACAAACAGACCUGUAUUAUACAGAGAGCAGCACUAUACAGGGAGCACUGAGUGUCCCAAUUAUUUUAUACACAACCCUGUAUUAUACAGAGAGCACUGACUGUCCAGGGAUAUUAUACCCAGACAGUAAUUGAUAGCUGUGCUGCAAAAUGUCCUUGGAAUUUUUUUUUCAAAUGUUGGCAACUAUGGCACUGUAUCAAAGGUAAUGUGUUUGUUUUUUUAAUAAUCCCUGGUGGAAAAUAAUGAAUCCUCCACCAGGUAUUAUUAAAAAAACAAAACACAUUGUGUCGGGGGCGGGGCUUAACAUGUGACAUGGGCGGGGUCAAACUGCAGCGAGGGCGGGGUUAAAUGUGCCCCCCUACUUUUGUCUCUGGCCCUUCAUGUGCCCCCCCUAAAAAUAAAUCCUAGAGACGCCACUGUACAAAAGUACAUACUUCACAGGAACAGAGUCUUUUAAAGUGCAUUGGGCAAGGUAUAUUGCAGGGCCCAUAGUCCUGAGGCAAGAGGCCAGCAGGCCCCUCCAAGAACCCUUGAUGAGGUUCAGUUUGUCUCAGGGCCAUAAUCACAGGGUAGGAGGCUGGCAAACAGGCCACUCCAAAAGCAGUGAUGAGGUUACUUUCGUCACAGAAUGCACCAAGCACCACUACCACUAAAGUCAGUAGUGGUUUUGGUGCCAAGCAUGUCCAGUGCCCCUACAGUGUUUUUUUUUUUUUAUUAUUCAUUUAAACCAUGUUACCUGGUUGCCCACUGCCAUAUAGCCUGUCUUCAGCAGAAUCCAGUUAGCGCUAAGCAAGUCCAUGCUGAAUCAUAAUCUUUGGCUGAGACCACUCAAUGAGCACAGUUCUGGAUUGAUCAGACUUGACUCUAUAAAGACAUUUGGGAUUUCUUGCCGGAGAAAACAUGGAUGCAGCACAGGCACCUGGGAGACCAUGGUUUGACAAAUAGCCCAGGAGUGUGCACCAUAAUUACUAAAGCAGUCUUGAAUGAAACUUGGCAUGUUUCUUUACAAAUGCUUUCCCCCAUGAAGCAAAAUCAAGUAGGAUAUGCACUAAACAACACUAUAAAGAUAUAACAAGUAGUACAAAAUACUAUUCCACAAGGUUAUCCUAUAUUAAUUAUAAAAAAGUAUGGAAGAUUUCCUUUAAAUAACAAAGUAGUCUUUGCCAUGAAGGAUUAAUAAGAAAAAAUAAAUAAAUUCUAAUAUGUCCGUCUUUGUAUUAGGGACACACCAGGAGAGGAGAGCGGAGAGUAGGAGAGAAGGAGAGAAGAGCGUGGUCCUUUGUCCUCAGUUCUUUAUAGGCAAAAUUACGUCAUAACUUUUCAUUUAGACUGUGGCCAUAUUAGAAAACUUCCUGUAGUGGAGCACUAGUCCAGCAGGGAUUUUUCUACAAUGGUUUUCUCAAAGAUGACUCAGGAACAAGGCAGGUAAUCCACAGGAACAAGUAAAUGCAGCAAAGUAAUACAAGACCAACACCUCCCCAGUAACUGGACGACACUCCGUUUGGGGGGAAUAACUGAAGGUUUAAUGCUGGCACACGGCCUUUUAUGUGAUUUUCCCCACAAGGUUACCACCCAGGUGGACCUUGUGGGGCACCGAGUUAUACAGUUAACAGACCAAUGAAACAGGGUUAUACAUAGAGACACUUCCAUACAGUAUGUACAAGCCCUCCUGGUAGAUAAUUGAGGUAGAUAAUGUAAUAAUUAAUUAUCUCCAGGCAGGAAAAAACAAAUAUUUCUCAUUUUCCAGAUGUACAACACAAAAACAUUACAUAUCCCCAUAAAUGGCAUAGCUCUGAUCUGGGUGAACAACAUAUCCAAAAAUCACCCAUAUCAGAGAAGGGGUUCACAAAUUCUGUGGAAGUCACAUUUGACUGACCGAAUGCUUGAUUUCAUGCCCAAAAGAGUUCCAGAGAAUUAGGCUGUGCAGCCGGUCUAUCUUCUCAGUCAAAUAAUAUGUAAAUUGCACAAAUGGAUCCGUUAGUGUAUACCUUUAUUAUAUGUAUCUCGUUUGGUAGAUUGUUUUUACAGAAUAGCGCUCUGUUCGUACACUUUUAGGUGAACUUCGAUGGAGGUGUUAGUCCCAGCAGUGUUCGCGCCAUCGAGUGUCCGAUUUUAGUUCCAUGCACUCGACGACCAAACACCACUGUCUUUGUUCAUGUCCCAAGAUGGCUGCCGCCACAUGUUCAUCUAUACGAACGACGACCACCCAGCCUACUGCUUGGAACGUUCGUGUGGUUGAGGUUUGUGGAGGUGUUAACUGAGUUAAUGAGCGGCACACUCCAUAGCUGAGUGGUCUGUCGUUCGGUAGUUUGUUCGGUUGUUGUACAAAACCGUGGGAACCAUUUAAGGGAAUGUAUUUUGACAAACAGCCAGGCGAAACAGGGGAAAAUAUAGGUAACAAAGCCAGGGGAGUAAGUCUCGCACAGUUAGGGUUACUUUCCCACACAGGGGGACAAGGAGAGGGGAAAACAAAGGGGAUAAGGACAGCCCAUAGUUGGAAUAAAUAGGAUAGCAGGGUCCAUUCUGCUACAGUGUGUAUCUGUGUGUCCAAGUGUGUGCAUGUGUCCAGAUGUGUGCAUGUAUCAUUGUGUUUAUGUGUGUAUCUGUGUGUCAAUGUGUAUGUUCAUCUUAGUAUGUAUGUGCAAACACACCGCUGCAAACUCAAUCAUUAUAUACUAACACACCCCUAAAUUCAAACUCCAAUAUUGUAUACAAAAACAUUCUUCACUCACACCAAUACUACACAUAUAUGAACAUCUGCAUUUAAUAGACAACAAUACAUCCAAAUACACCCCUGUAUGCAAUUACAAACGUUACAUAUAAACACACACUUUAUUAAAACGCUAAAAUGAUAUAUAAACACCAACUCUACACACAAAAGCACACCUGCCUUUAAAAGCCAACACUACAUACAAACACACACCCCUGCAUUCAAACACAAACACUACAUACAAGUACAAAAAUGGGUAACACAAAGGUAAGGUAGGGCUGUGCCACAAGCUAGGAGUGAAUAAUAAAUAUAUACAUAUAUAUCUAUAUGUGGUGUAGAAAAGUCUUGAUAAGGGUGAGUUAUUUUGAGGACAUGAGGAUGUAGUCUUUCCACUUCUCAGAUGACCAUAAUAUUCAGAAGGGGCGACAAAAAGUGAAGAAGUUGAUAGUGCGUUAAAUCUCACUAGGUAUAGAUAUAGCAAAAAAAUGCGAGUGUUCUGGGACUUGAGAGAUGUCGAGACCCAAAAUGACAAAAGAGGUGGCAAUAGUGCACUGAAUAAGAUAUAAAUAGGCAGUCACAGUAAUUAUAGGCUAACACUCACAUUUAUUAGAGCUUAAGCCAGCUCUGGUGUGUAUAGCAUACAGCGUUAUAAUCCCCACUUGAAGGAUAUGGUAUGAGUGUGCUUAGAGAUGGGGUUGUCGGGAACCCAAAACGACAAGAAGUAAAAGGCAGUGAUAGUGCUCUCAAUAAAAUAUAAAUGGUCGGUAAGAUAUGAUAAAAAAUUAUACUCACAGAGAUAGAGCAGGCUAACUGCUCUAUGAUGACCGCAUCGGUGGAUUGAUCCCAACCUGGGAUUCUUUGGAGUACAGGAUAAAAGUUGUAGUUGCCAGGUAGAAUAAAAGUUAUUGUGUCAAAAUAACGUAGAAGAAAUAAAAUAAUAAUAUAAUAAAAGUAUAUUAAAAGAUAGUGGCACAAUAGUAGGUGACCAAAAUCUAUUUAUUAGUAGAAAACAACAAUAAUAUACAUCCAAACGCAUUUCGCCAUAAUGGCUUUAUCAAUGGAGUAAAAACUUUCUACCUAGCACUGUAGGAGUUGUUAUAGGUAUGGGAUAAGUUAAAAUUGGCGCCAAAAUUGGUCCAUCCAAUGAAAAAUCAUAAUGUGAUAACAUGUACAAAACAGUUGGAAAUACUAAUAUUUCAAAGGAUCCAACAUUGAGGCAGUUUAAUUUGUGUAAAUAAGUGUAAAACAAGGGUUAUGUGGGUUAAUAAUUGGCAUUGUUUGCCAAAACACGUGGUAAGCGUCAUUGCUGUGUCAUACUGGACCUUUAGUUUCAGUUGGUUAAACUACACCUUGCCAGAUCGAUCGGAGGUAUUAUGAGGCCGGUCGUGGGGGAGAUGACAUAGACCACUAGUGUGGUAAUAAGAGAACAAAGGGGGAAAAGAGAUAAAUGAAAACUUUGGGAAAGAGGAGAAAAUAGUGGCAUUGGCCAUCUUGGAGAGGAAAAUGGGAAAUAUGAGACAAUGGGGAAAUCCAUUCUGCAGAUAUGACUGUGGGAAGGUGAAUUAAAGAAUAUGGCUGGGAAGGUCUGGAAAAAGGAAUGGGCAAAUGUAGAUGAGAGAUGAAUUGGGGGGAUAUGUAUGGGGGGAGAUUAAUUUUGGAAAUGUGGGAAUGUGAGUUAACCUGUGGAAAUAUUGCUAUUGUGAAGAAUAACUAUGCUAUGAUAUGAAUUGGUGGGGAUUGGCAUUGAGUGGAAUAAAACUGAGACAAUGAUAUUAGUGGAUGCAUUAGUAAAAUAUGGCAAUGGGGUUGAAUUGGGGCUAAUUUACUGGGAUGUUAGAGGAUAUAAUCUAUAAAUCUGUAGGUCAACAGCAGGUGAUAUUGUUUUGGAUUCAGAUGAAUGGGAAAUAAAACAGGGAAGCAUUAACUGAGAUGGGAUCUGUUGAGAAAGUGAAUACGGGACAGAGUAUAAUUUACUUGUACCAAGUAGUGGCGGAAGGCGAUAUUUGCUAAAUGUGGGUUUGGCUUUAGAAAUGGAAGUUUUGUGUGCAUGAAGGGCAACAUUUUGUCCUGGCUCAGGUAUCACAGUGUCUUAGGCCACCCCAAACAAAGCAAAUAUUUUUUAUUAAUUAAAGGCUGACAUAUUGGUAAUGAAAGUGCUACAUAGUAAUAUUUAUCUAUUUAAUUUUCAGCAACAAUAUUCGCAUUGAAAUCGCAAAAACGUUUGGAGCUAUAUCUGUAUCCAAGUGUGGCAGUAAGUAA